GAGUGGUGUCUGGGCAACGAGUGGCGACGGCCGCAAUGACGCGGUGAGCUCGCGGACGAGGUCGGAGCGGGGAAUAAAACGAAAUGGAAAAAACCUUCGCAGCGACUAAGUGGUUCGGUUUCAGUACACGUUGUUCCGGUGUUGGGUGCGGUCGUGUGUAUCUACGUCUGUUGCCAGUUGUCGUCUCCAUCGUCUCUGUUCCCGCGUCCUCCGAGACCUACGCCGCUCCACCCCCUCCUUCUUUCCGGCAGCCACAAAUACUAUGCGUUCACUGCACGCGGCCCAAACGUACCCGCAACAACACCGUCAGAACGCUGUCCAGAUUUGAGUUUAGAUUCGGAAUUUUUAGUAUCCGAAUUCUAAAAAAAUUAAUCACAACCCGGAGUUUUAUCUAUUUUUUUUGUACACAAUCUCUAUUUUUUCUUCACUUCGACUUUUUCUCUUAGCCCGUGCCCAAAAUGCGUCCCGUCGUCUCGUCUUGCAACGGUCAUGCGUGGUCACCGCUCGUCAACGUCUUCGUUGUUUUCGUCGUCCUGUCAGCCGCGCUACCGAACACCGUUUUGUCCAUCGAAUCGCCUUCUGACCCAAAACGUAAGUACCUAUACUUAUAAAUUAUUUUAUAUUAUUAUUGACGUCUCCGUAAAUAAUACAUACUACCGUUAAAGUCACCUCCAAGACGUCAAAGUGGCUAUUAUGUGGCUAGUAGAGGACUGGUGGCUCGCAGUGGUGGGAUAAACGUUUUCAUACCCUUUUACCCGCACCCCUGAAACAAACCGUGCUAUGUAACCCGAUAACCCAAAUUAUUAGGAACUUUAACUACUUAUAUUUUGAACGGCUCAACUCAACUUUUGAUAUUUGUAAAUAAUUUUGUUUAAUGUAAUAUUUCCCCUCUUUCUUUUUUUUUUUGGUAUAAAUUGCGUAAGUGUAAGUAUUUUCAAAAUUUAAUUUGCUUGUACUGAAAACUAUACAAAAUUGACGUAAGCGUUUUUUCUCUGUGACUAAAAAUAAUUACCUAUAUGAAAAUUGUGUUUCCUUUAAAUAACAACAUGGGUAUCAUCAGAAGAUUUUUUUUAAAAAAACGUCUUCACUUUUUAUCGAUAUAAUCGAUAGAAAAUGGAUCUUGUUCGCAGCAUAUUAACUAUAAAAAUAUUAUUGACUGCAAAUCAAUAUCAUCGCACAUUUGCGCAUUUUAACGAUGAAUCAAAUAUGUCAACAAAAAUAAGACCGUUUAAAAGAACGGUAAGUAUAAUAUAUUAGGUAAUAUAUUAUCUACUCACUCAUCCAAAACAACGAACUAGUUUCAAUGGGUAAUGGUUUAAUAAUCCAAUAGUUGUUAUUAUAUAUAAUAUAUUAAUUAUACACCGUUUACAUAAUAUUGACUUUUCGAUUGAAAAAAUCGAGAUCAAUCAAGUGUUGUUUGGUUAUAAAUGUUGACAGUAUUUUCAAUAUAGCGAGUUAAAACUAAAAAUAGUUUAUAAAAAGGUGUAAUAAAAAAAAAUUAUACUUUUGAUGUAUUUAGUAAAAUAAGUACAAUAGGACAAUAAGUUUUUAACGUAUGGGAUAUAAAUAAUUAUCGGGAACACGACGGGAAAAAAAUAUUUAAACAUAUAAAGCUUCAAAAUUCUCUGCAACCCUCAAAGAUUUAUUGUUGCCUUCGACAGCAUCUGUGAUGCACACCUUGUACAUUAUAUAGUUCAACAACUCUUUUUGUUUUAAAAAUAUGUAUGUCUGUGUUUUAUUUUUAUUGUAGGUAAGCAAUUAAAAUUAUUUAUGGUUUUUUUUUUCAAUUAAUUUAUAUUACAAUGUGUAUUAGUAUAUAUAAAAAUGUAUGUAUUUUAUCAUACACUUAGUAUUUUAUGCAAAAAAGUUAACACAUAUUAUUUUUAAAAGUUAUUUAUACUUUUUUUUAAUACUUACUUUAAUAUACUUUACUUAAGGGGUGAUUACAGUGACAUUUGCCAUCUCUGUUUGUAUAACGGGCAAUAUAGCGAAAAUGUGUUUGCUUAAAAUCCUUAAGAAUAGAAGGCUCACAAAUCAAUUUUAGAGAUAAAACGCAUAUUACUAAAUUUGUAGAAAACAACAAAACUUUUAUACAUAUAAUAACUAAUAUUUCAGUUAAACUUGCUGAUGCUAAGUUGUCUUUAAAAUAUCUAGAAACGUUUUAUAAUGGGUGUUUUAAAUAUUAACUAACUAUUGAAUUAGAUAAAAUUUAAUUAUUUAUCACCUGAACAAAAAAUAAAUAACGUGAAUAAAAUCAAUACGUCAUUUUAUAGAGCUCGUCAGGCUUAUAAGCCUGAACUAUGAACUCAGUAAAAUUGUGUAAAUACUUUAUAGUAUAAUAUCGUGAUGCAAUCCAUUAUGAAUAAUAGAAAUUAAUUAUGCAUGUAUUGUAUACGCUAAAAAAGUACUUUGUUGCCGAACAAUACGGGUGUAAUAAUAUAAUAGAAAUCUAUCUUCUAUUAUAUUUUUUAAUUAUUUCUAAACGUCUAAAAUAUUAUUUUCACGGCCUACCUAUACUUAUUUAAUAUAGUACUCCUAAAAUACUUAUUCGACGAGUUAUAAUAUAAAAUUAAACAGGAAUCCGGGACAUUAGUUUAUCAAAUCAGCAAAAAAUCGUUUUAAAAUAGAACUUGAUUUUAGCCCUGAAAUAAGCAAACAAACAAAAUACAAAAUUAUUAAAAAACAUUUUUACAGAACAAAUUACGAAAUAAGCCACAUAUUAGUAUAAUUAAUACAUUCUACGCUACGCUCAGAAUCUAAAAAAAAAAAAUAACUAUACUAUUAUAAAUCCAUUGAUCUAACAACUAGAUCUGGACUGCAAUUUAAUAUGUCCGUUUUCGACGUCGAUAUCUAUGAGCAUUGAGCAUACGUCAUUCCGGCCACGUGUACAUAUAUAUAUAUAAAUAAAUUAUAUUUCUUACGAUUUCCGAUUGUAAUAUACUGAACAUUAUCCGACUACUAUAUAAGGUAAUUCAUUUAUCAUGAACUAGUAAUUUUUUCGAAUGAUUUUAGGUGAAUUUGGUUUCCAUAUUUAUUUUUUUUAAUUAUUGAGGAAUCGUUUAAACUUUAUUUUAUCAAUAUGUUUGAUUUUUAACCCUUACUCCCCUUUACCUGAAUUAGUUUUCAUAUGCAUAACGCUAAUGUCAGAUUUACCAUUUUUGAGUAAUUAUAUUUUAGGACAGAGGAGUACUCCCCUUACGGAAGGGUAAUAAUAGUUGUGUAUCCAUUUUUUUGAAACGAUAAAUUGAUGACUGUUUCCAACUCCUCCGGUAUGAUCUUUAAACUGUUUCAACUCAACAACAACUCUAUGAUAAAAGAAUCAUCCUGUAUAGGUACUUUAAUAAUAUAUGCGUCUCGUCUGUCGAUUUUUGUAGAUCGAACAAUCGGACUUUUUAACCAUGCGAUAUUUUAUCGAAACGAUACACACAAUGAUGUUUUUACAAAAUAUAAUAUAACGAAAUCCUCGUCACCAUAUUGGACAUGAAACACAAUUCAUACUAUUACAAUAUUACUACAAUUAUACAUACUCGUAAGUAAACCUGCUUUAUAUAACCGCGAAGUCGUCGUCGUUUGAAGUCUGUCGCUAUCAAACGUUAUAGUAUUCGCGGUGGCCGAUGUAUUUUUAAAACAUUUUUAUUCAUCUCACAACCAAUUUUGCAAUUUAACAACUUGGUUUGCCUCCAAAAACUCCCCCACACAUUUUUUUAAAUAACGUCGUCCCGUUGUCGUCUCGUCCACGGUUGUCCCAAAGGUAUUUUCUUUUUUUGGGUUCUGCACCAUUUCCUGCCAUUUAUUAAAAACUGACUGCAACGCAAUAUUCAAGUUUUAUUAAAAAAAUAAAAGUCAAUUAUGUUAAAAACGUUAUUAUAAAGGCUGUGAAUAUGUGAAAGUACAUUUUAUUUAGCUAAUUGUGAAAUGAAACUUUCUAAUUUGAAUCAUGUAACAACAAAUUUAUUUAUGAAACUUUUAUUUUGUACUUUUUUUGUAUUUUUUGACGUUUUUAGUUUUUAUGGUCAUUUUUGGACUUUUAAGUCAUAUUUUCCCUUUUAGUCCAUUUUACGGUAUUUUUUGUCAAAUUUUAUCAAUUAACAUCUUUACACACAUAUUUUUUUGUUUUACACAAGCUGUAUAUAUGCCUACGUCUAAUUUGUAUUUUAUAAAAUAGUAUUUUAUACAAGUUGCAUAUGGGUUGGGUAAAGAUAAGGAUUCAAUAAAAUAAGUUACAUUAAUAUUCGAUCAACAUUUUUAUAAUUUUUUUUAAAGAAAUUGUUUUUAUUAAAUAAAUACAAUUAUAUAUGUAUAAAAUAUUCUAAUAUCAGUUAUAUCAAAAUAAAUAGAAAAAAUAAAUGAAAAUCAUUUUAAGUGAAUUUUAUAUUGCAUUUUUGAAAUUUUAAAUGCAUAUUUUAUUGCACUUUUAAGGUUUUUCACUGCAUAAAUUCACAGCCCUAAUCAUUAUAGUUUUAUUAUAAAUUUAUAAGAACAAAUACGCUUAUUCAGCCGUAUAGGAGUCCGGAAAAAGUUCUGAUUUGUAAAACUUUCCAACAAUGCGUGCUUGACUGCUAGAUCGCGAACGCCAGUUCAUCUUAGUAAAAUAAAGUGAAGUCAAUAUACCCACUUUGCAAUUAUUUUUCUCAGAAAUUUUGCUAAGACUUUUUUUUGAAACAUGUAACAUCCCGAAUCAAUCACAAAUUACAUUUCACAAAAACGUUUAAUAUCCCUGUAUUUCGAUCGCAAUAAUGUGUUUCACAAAACAUCACCUUUCAACAUCCGUAAAACUUAAUCAGAUACGUUUUAGAGAUGUUUAUUCCUAACGUUUCAAGAACCGCAUAAUCGUGCUUAUAAAACAACAUCGAAUACGAAAAUACGAAAAAUAAAAAUGCAAAUUCGAAAUAUUGUGUCGACGGGUAUUGAACACAAUACCCUGCCUAUCCUAACCUAAAUCACCUAAAUUUCUAUCCACUAGACUACCUACCUAACUAUUCAGAAGAGUUGAUUUUAUGACCUAAGUUAUUAAGUCAAUUUCAAAAUAUUGUAUUAUAUAUAUUCAGUGACAUCUUGAUAUUAUGGAACGGGGACUUUAACCUUCUCUAAAGAGCGGAGACCAGUGCCAAUUUGUUUGUUUAUUGGUUAUUUCGGUCUAUUUUAUCGUUCAUACAACAUGUCAGCAGAGAGCAGAAUGGGCACAUAGGUGAAUAAGAUACCUAGUUAAAUAACACAGAAUCUGAAAUGUUUAAUAUAGGCCGUUGGUUCAUUAUAUUCUGAUCGGGAAAAAAUAUAGCUAUAUACAUCAAUAGUUUUAUUGGUUUUUUACAUAAUGUACGAUCAGUGUGCGUUCGAAACGGAAAUGAAACGUCCGAAACCGCGGAGUGUCAAUCGAAAAUAUUUCGCUUAUUAUCGAAAUCGAAACGCCGGACAACCGCGAAAUCUGCAUUAGUAUUAUUACCUACCACCUAUCCAUAUUAUUGUUUUUUGUAUAUCCACUACACUGACACAUUGGCGUCAUACACGAUUGUGAUUUUUUAUUUUUUAACACUUCGAUGAGUGUACAUAGCUUUAUUAUUAUUAUUAUUAUUAUUAUUAUUAUUAUAUUAUAUUCGUAUAAUAUGUAUAACGGUUAUAGCGGGUCGCAUUUUUCACCGAAAAUUCACACACACACGAUCAUUGUUUGUCCCCGGACAAUUAUUAACGUACCAUGUGCGCUGCACAGACGGGAUGCACAAAAAAAAAAUAUUUUCCGUUCGGAACGAAUUUGUUCGUCAAUCGCGCGAUCGUUCGGAUACGUCAUGAUCGUCUGCAGAAUUCGUGUGUAUUUUAUAAUGUAUAUUUAUGCCCUAUAUUGUAUUCGAUUCUAAGCGGAGCGAGGAGUGUUUUGGUUUUACUAUGAUGGGUUUAAAAAAAAAAAAUUGUUUGUUGGGUCUGUAAACACUACUUUCUACCUUGAAGAAACCAUGGACUAUCAAUAAUUGUAUAGGAACUUCCUCGUAGCAUUUUGGAUUUAGUCGGUAUAUGGCGAGAAAGGAAUUGUUUGAUUUUCCGUGUACUUUUCUUUUAACUGUAUUGUAUUAAUUAACACGCGUUGAAAUAAAAUUAUUAUUCUCCCUAAAACUGAUUGGCCAAACGCAGUAUAGUCUACAAGCACGUAUAGCGCAAAAAUAGAAAUGUCGAAAGUUCGGUGGCCAGGUGUUACUGUCAAUUGGCGCGAUACGUGAAGUGAAUGAUUUACGUAUUUUUAUAUUAUAUAACAUGAUAGUAUUGACAUAUUGAAUUGCAUUAUAUUAUAAUGCGCAUUUCAAAUAUCUAUUUUAAUCAUCUGUAUAAUAGUGUAUUAUAAUGUAGAUGAUAAAUCUUUUUAUCCAUACUUUAAAACACAUCCCCUAUUGUUUAAUAAAUUCAUUCGUGAUACAGUCAAAAUAUGAACUAUUCGUUAUUUAUUUAUUAUUUACGGACCAAUUGGCUUUGAUAUCGUUGGAUUUGAAUCACUUCCGACCAAACGUACCUAUUAUACGUAUUGUUGAUAAAUUAUUAUUUCCGAAACGAUUGCAGCAAACUGAAAGAUCGAUGAAAGGUUUUUUUUUUAGCAAAAGCCAUAUGCUUUUUCGCUACGUUGAAUAUUGUACUCCUAACUCCAGAGUGUCCAAAUGAAAUAUUUAUUCAACGUAAUUCAUUUAAAUAUUACACACCGUUUGCCUAUAAUAGGUAUACAAUUUUUUGUUUAAUACUUAUACCUACUUGUAGUACUGCUAAACUCCGCGGCAAGCAAAUAUUGAUGAAAACCCCUUUUUUUUAUGCGUUUUGUAUCCUUGUAUGUAUACAAAUAUCCAUAGUAAAAACCCCUACCUUUCCAGUCGAACAAAAAAAUGUCGUCACUGCAAGUACCUACUUACCUAUUACUUUACUACUGGUGUUAUUACUGCAGCUGUAUUGACGGUAUACAAUAAUAUUAUUAUUAUUAUGCACGAAUAAGUUAUUUUCGAUAACGACUAUCGCCGAAGUCGUCAUAUGUGUUAUACGACCACCGGUAGUGAACUGUGUGUUAGAAAAAAAAAAAAUACACAGUAUGUGCCGUCUGUUUAUAUACUUAGUUAUAUUGUGCCCGUAUGUACCUAUUCUAUGUAUAAUAAUAUUAUGUGGUCGUGGUGUUUCUGAACACUGCUCCGUACGGAAGGCGACGAAAAACUAACCAGGUGGACACAAAAUAUAUACAGCAGUUACUCGAUAAUUCGAAAUUCAGGGGAUCGAGCUAAAAAUUCGAUUUAUAGAGGUUUUCGAUUUACCGAGUAUUCAAAUGAUGGUGGGGAAAAAUGAAUUAAUUCGAAUUAAAUAAAGUUGAAAAAUUGUAUAUAUUAUUUAUUAUUUAAUUUAAGAUUUUAUAUUUUAGACAAACCACGAUAAUAUUUUAUCGCCUUCGUUAUUAGUUUGAUUACGAGUUCGUCAAUUAGGUUAUUUAUACCGUACUGUAUUGUGACAUAAUCGUUACAAUACAUUUAUUUGAGCUUACACAUAACAAGGAAAUUCGAAUUAUCGAGAGGAUCGAAAUACAUGUAUUUUCUUUUAAUUAUAAAGGUUUACUCAGGGGACCAAGCGUUUAAUUUGAUUUAUAGAGUUUUUCGAAUUAUCGAGUGACUACUAAAAAUUAACAUUCAAAAAUAUUUUUGCCUGCGUUAUUUAUAAUAAUUAUUAAGAUGAUUACACGAGAAUUUUCAUCAAUGUGGGUAUUUACAAUAUUUUAUCGUACCCUGUACUAUAUAUUUGUUGAAAAAAGUAACUAGCUGUUCAGCUAUCCGAACAGCGAAAACUCUUUAAAACAGAACUCCAAUGUUUAGGAACCAAAGAAAAUAUUACAGUUUUCCAUAUUAUAUUGAAUUAACGAAAAAAAUUAACACACUCAUAUUAGACUAAUCAAAAUAAAAAAAACACGUUUAAGGUUAAACAUAAUUUUAUUUACCACCUAUAAAUAAAUAAAGUAAAAAAUAACUCAAUUAACAUAAUAUUAUUUUUAUUUUUUUUUCAAAAAUACUUGUAUGUCAUAUAAGUAGUGAUAAUGCAAAUGAUUAAGACUAGAAUUUGUGAGUUUUUAUUUUAUGUUUUUAAUGAUUCUUAAUGUGGAAUACUUAUAUAAAUUCAGCCUCAACCACUAACAAUUAAAAAAAAACCAGAAAAAACUUAAUUAUUUACACUAUACAAUGAUAUUCAAAAUAUUAAGAGUACCUAUAUAUCGUAAAAUAUUUAAUAUAAUGUAUUUUUUAAAUAAAAAAAAAAAAACGUGUCCUCUCGUUAUUUAUUAAUUAUUAAUGUAGAACAAAAAAAACUUAAUUUCCUUGCGAAUCCCUGUAAAUAGAUACCUAAUCGGAUCAAGUUUGUAAAACCGCGACUAGCGUACCUACCUACCGAAAAAUAAAAUAUAAUAUGUUAUCGUAAUAUUAUCAUAUUAAUUAAUUAAUAAUAAUAAUGUAAAACGUCUCUGAGAAACAUUACCCGUGUUAUCGUUUAGCUCUCUGAUCGAACGUUUUACAUUUAUUGUUCAGACGUAUUGGCGAAAAACGCGCGUGCGUAAAAUUUACAUUUUAAACAAGAAAACCAUAUUUUGCUCGCGGCUUUUUUUUUUCUUCGUUUAUUACAGUAUAUUGAAUUCAAGUCGUGCACACGAAAAAAAUACAAUAAUGGUGUAGUAUAAUCGAACACCCGCGGCGAUAAUAAUUAUAUUUUAAUCUGGUUUGCAUUCAGUGUAUACUAUAAUAGCUGCUUGCAGACGCCGCGAGAUAAUCCAUAGUAAACAAUAAUAUUACAAUAUUAUGAUAUUUUAUCAACGUGACAACAAUAAUAUCUUUUGUGCGUUUUGUUUACGAUAUAGACAUAUUAUAAUAUUAUGAUUAGAUUCGUGUUUGAGUAAUAUAAUUUCGACUGAAUUAUAGUUAGGUACAAUCCAUAAACAUCAAUAUUAUGUCGUGUAGGAAAAUAUGUUGUGAAAACUAAAGGUAAGCCGAUAAUUACUUGUACUCAUUACUAACUUACCAUAACUAACUUAAUAACUUACUACAUCCAUAUAGGUAUACAUUAUGUUGUUAUUCUACCUACAUUUUUCAAAGGGGGUAUUCAAGUAACGUCGCAUUUCGGUGUCAUGUGCCAUUUGUCGCCGUGUUCUGAUUGACUGUUGUUAUCUAGGUAAAAUUCAGUAACCAAGACCUAUCGCGACAUUUCUAGAAUUGGGUUGAUUUCAACUUUAAUCUAAGUUUAGAUGACAAUGUGCCAGUUCAUUUUUUAGUGUUACUAGCACACAUAUCUAUUCACACAAGACACACGACGUCGCUAAAAUACCGCCUUUGUACACCAAACAAAUUAGUUCUUCAUCUAACACGAAUGCUGUGACUAAUAUCAUAAUAUAUUGUUACACACUAUAUUGUUAAGCACUGUAUACUUAUCGCCAAUUAAUUGGGAGGAACAUAAUCCCGAAUAAUUGUUCACUAUAGAAGCGCCGGAAUAUAUAUAUGUAUAUAAAUAAAAUAAAAAAUAAAAUUUAUCUAAUCGUUUUUUACUCGAACCGUUUGAUACAAUCACAACAAUGAUUAUAAUUCAAAGAUUAUAAAAAAAGAAACCUAUUUUAUUUCGUCAUCAUAUUGUAUUAUGCGUCACCGUAUACUAUUGAAAUAAGUGUGGUCACUCCAUUUUAAUUGAUUAUUCUCAGCUACGGAAUAAGUUUUUUACAUUUUGUAAACACUUUUACUAUGGUUUUAAACAAUUUCAGAUCAUUUAUAUAAUUAUUUUUUUCCCGAACUUAUUUUUUUCUGACAAAGAUAUUAUUAGGAAUAAUUUACUAUUAGUCACUGCUGAUCGAUGCCAUUGUUUUAAAUAUUUAAAAUUCAAAUUUAACAAACACAAAAAAAAAAAAAACACUUCUUUUUUUUUAUCUAUUGGUGCAGGUGUGACAGUUACCACCCCGGUGAUUGUCUAUAAUGACCACUCCGACCAUUAUCAACACAGAUAUAUGUAUGUAAUAAAGUAGAUUGCUAACUGAUGAUAAAAUGUGAAGUUUCCAUCUACCAUUUAAUUUGAGGCUCGUGGGUCUUAUCAUCUACUUUUAUAUUGUGAUAGCUGUUAUAUCUGUGUAAUAUUAUUAGCAAUUUCGGUCUUGGUCACCGCAGUAACAAUGGGAAAAAAGACAGAUUCAAUCAUUAUCACAAUAUAAAAGUAUAUGAUAAGGUACAUUGACCUCGAAUUAAAUGGCAGCCGUCCACUUCAAGCAAUUAUAUACGGACAGUAUAUAACAAUUAGCUAAGGUACCCGACAGUUUUUUGUGUUGCUACAUUGGUUUAGGAUGAGGCAUUUGCGAAUUUUUUUUAUUGCAAAUGAUGGUAAAUUCGUGAUAACGAUUGUUUCACACAAAAAAAAAAAUAAAAAUGAAAUCAUUUUUUUUUUUACGCAUAUCCGUAGAUACAUUGAAAAUAAAAACGAUUCAGUAUACUGCAAAGUCGUUUGACUGGUUUGAAUUAGGAUUUUUGCACUCAAUUCAAACGCGUAUAUACUUAACAGCUAUUAUAUACGUAACUGAGAAUAUUAUUUAUGUUUUUGUAUUAUAUAGUUAUUUUUUAAAUACUUUUUUUUCUGAAAGCAUUAAUCUAUAGUGUUUUUUAUUUUUUUAAAUAAUUUACAUUCCUAUAAAAUCCUAAUAAAAAAAAAAAAAACACUACCAGAUUACCUAUACUAUUAUGCUGCAACAAAAGAACAAUAAAAAUAAAAUAAAAUAAUUAUUAUUUUAUUGUUACCGAUCAAAGAGCAUCGUUUUCAACGAUCAAUAGUAAAAUAAAAUAUACGAGUAAUAAAUACUAUAUUUUGACGGUAGAUUGAUGGGAGAAUGAUGUAAUUCAAUAAGGAAUUAUUACUCGUGGAAUUAUAUUAGGAACGGUUCUAAUCACAAGCUGUUAUUUUGAUUGGGAUACGUAGUGUGCAAAAAUAAAGAAAACCAAGAAAAAAUAAGAAAAAGAUGGUUAAAUGGGGUUCAAAAGAAUUUGGAAAACUUAGAAGUGCACUAUUGGAGAAAUUCGUUUUUCGUUUUUCGGCCAAACUCGGGAGAAAUGUAGGGUAGUAGUAUCAGCGACAAAAAUUAUUAUAGAUAUAUAAAAGCUAGAAAAGAAGAAAUACAUACUGUGAAAAUUAAAUAGAUAUUAUAAUGAUUUCGUUAGUUUCGUUAAAUUUGUAAACAUUUUGAACCAUCUUUUCUUUUUUUUAACCGAUUGGGUGAAUAUCAAAAAUUAAAGUACGUAUAGAUAUUUAGACGAUUAUAGACGAACUUUUCAGGGUGUUCGUUAACUUUUCAGAGUGUUAACGAUUUAAUAAUCAUGAUUAAAGAGUUUAUAAUAUAAUAUAAUUAUUAUUCUAAAUAAAACUCCGAUAUUCUAUCUACUCAUUACUUUUGUUUGGCUUUUUUUAGAACCUUGAUAGAAAUUUACUGUUAAAAUGAUUUCUAUACUCCUAUCCCUAUUAUUAAGUAUAAUAUUAUAUUGAAUUCCAAUCCGUUCAAUUUUCUCGAGUUACCUUUUUCCAACUCCACGACAUUGUCUCUCCAUCUUUUUCGUAAUAUUUUCCCGUUGGUUUCAAUUAUUAUUAUUUCAUUUAUACUUUCGUUCGUCCUUAGUGGCGUAUUUGAAAGUGGAGAAACGAGUUAACCCUUCUCCUCUUCUUUGGGAUUUUUUUUACUGAUGGUUAAUAUACACUAAUAUUUAUUAAAUAUUUACACUAUUUAUGGUUUUCAUCGCUGUUAUUGUAUUGUUUAUGAAAAUCAUAAUUUCACCUUGUGAAUUUCACUAUUUGUAUGUUUGUGUGUGGAGGAAGCUUUUUUUAUAUUUAGAUAAAUUAUAAUUAAUAAAUGACCACCCUUGAUUAAGCUUCAGAUAUGCUAUUGCCUUUAAUAUUGGAUUUUCCUCCGAUAAACUACGUAUUACGACAGUUUAUCGAGCUCUACCAAUACAAUUUUGAUUUGUUUUAAUUUCCGCAACCGCAAUUAAUCACAAUCCGUGUAUUCCUCAUGAAGAAUUUUCUUUCGAAACUUUGUUGUCUCUCUAAUUCACCUUUAAAGAUUUAGUUCAUAUGGCACAUGCCUAUAUGUUUUAGAGCAUUGAUAGUCUAAAUGUAACUAAGUAACUCUCCUUUUUAUAUUGUUUGAGAUUCAAGAGCUUAUCGUUAAUAAUUUUUGUAACUAGAAAUUAUACUGUUUUUAUUUAAAAUUUUCGUUUUUAGGUAUUUGAUGUUAUAUUGAAGCAUGACUAAAUAAUAUUGCUAACUAUAAACGGUUAAUUUACGGAUCGUGAUUUUUUUUUUUUUUAAUUUUGCAUCAAAUUCAAUUGUCCGGACAGUGUACUCAAAACGAAUCGGUCAAAUGCACACUGUACAGCUAUUAUAUUAGCUAUUACUUUUUUUUUUUUUACGCCCGCAUAAUAAAUGAUACUGAUAACGAUAAUGUGCUAUUUGCGGAUUGUGUUCCGCUCGACUUUGUUUCGUCGUCACUUUUUCGGCCCAUCGACCUUCCGAAAAAUAAAUUACAAACCAAUAUUAUACAAUAAUAUGGUCCUAGUUUUAAUUUUUGUUGCAUUUUAUAUCGUAUUAAAACGUGCGGAUUUGUUAAUGUGAAAUAUCCAGAAGAAUAUGGAAGAAAAACAUCAACAGUUCGUUGGGGACUCGUUCCAAAUAAAAGCACUUCGAAUGCCGUUUUCUAAUAAUUACAAUAUAUAUAUAUAUAUUCAAAACCUAAACAACUUUUCCAACUUGCAGUAUAUGAUUAAUCUACAAAUUCGAGUUUUGUUAAAAAAAAUAAAAGUCAAUUAUGUUUGGUUUUAAAGGUCAUUUUAUUAGGGCUGUGAAUUUGUAGGAAAUUGCAUAUUUUUUUUUUCAUCUGAUUUUGAAACGUAGCUUUCGAAAACAUAAUUUGAAUCAUGUAACAAAAAAAUAAUUUAUGAAACUUUUAUUUUGCAUUUGAUGUUUUUAAUUUUUAAGGUAAUUUUUUUGGACUUUUUAAGUCAUAUUUUCCCUUUUAGUUCGUUUUCCGGUAUUUUUAAACAAAUUCCACGAAUAAACAUCUUCACGCUUUGUGCAUUUGUAAGAUUUUUCACUAUAUUAAAUUCCUAGUCCAGGUCAUUUUAGUUUUGUUAUAAAUUUGUGUGGACAAAUAUGGUUAUUUCGGUCGUAUAGGAAUCCGGAAAUAUACUUUUCGGAUUUUUAAAGUUCUCCAACUAUGCGUGCGUGAAUGCUAGAUCGUGAAAGUCAGUUCAACUAAUUAAAGUAAAGUGAAGUCAUUAUACUAUUCCGUCAUAAAUAACAGUCUCCAAUAGUUGUUUCCUUAACACUCGUUGCUCCUUUCCUAAGAUAAAAGAAAAUGCCUAGAUCCCAGUUUUUCGUAUUAAGUGUCAUAUUAUGAAAAAUAUUAAAAACUUAUCAAUAGCUACCCACCAUAAUUCUUUUGGGAAGAUCAUGAAAUUCCUAUUUCAGAUUAUAUACUACGCCAAUGUUGAAGAUUACCUAAUUUUGUAAAAUUUCCAUUUUUAUUAUUUCCCGUCAAAAAAAAAAGAUAAAUCGUUAUCUAACGUUAUAGCUUUAUAACUCUUUAUCGAGGUUCUCUCAGAAUAGUUUUAUGUAUAAUUUCAUUUCCGUUAACAAGUUGAUGGAAAUCAAUAAUUUAAACAUAAAAAUGCAUCUAAACUAAUACUUCAUCUAUAUAUAAAAAAUUUAUUAUAGGUUGCCAUUUGAAAACAUAAAGUAGGUAGUAGGUCUACCCCCAAAAAUAGUUGUAAAAAAAAUAUAACAUAAAUGUAAAGUUGUAGAGCUGCUUAUUUCUUAAAUUAUGUAUAAAAUAAAUUCCAAAAAAAGUUAAUACUCUCAAAGAUAAUGAGUGUACCCACGUAAAUGGAUCAACUUGUACAGUGUUGUAGCUAAAACCAAACUGGUGUUGGUUUUUGAGGUCUUAUCUCGUGAGUCGAAUAUACUGUCACAGCUGUAUACAAUAGCAAUAUCGAUUGAUAUAUAUAUAAUCAUAUUAAAUAUACUAAAUACAAUUAUAUAAUGCGCUUGGAUUUGUAAUAACGACGAGUGUGUGAACAAAUAAAUUGAUUUGACCUUGUUUCCUUGGUAACUACCUAUACGAGUAUGUUCAGCUCUCAUAGAAUUGUGUCGUAAGUGAAAGGAUAUUCGUUGUUUUCUCGCGACGUGACGGCCAUCGCGCGAGUUUACUAUACGAACAAAUGAGCAGGACAAUUAAUAAUAUUAUUGUAUAUAGGUAAACUUGUAUGUAUAGGUAAAUGUGCUCAUUUCCUGUUUGAAGUGAAAAUUCGAGAAAAAAAUUAAUACAAAUUCACAACUAAAAUCAACGUAAUUUUCACUACACGAUUCGUAAUUCUAUUAUUUCGUGUACGCGUAAUAGGUUACAAUAAUUAUUGUGUUAAGGUAGGUCGUACUAUAGAAAAACAAUUGGUUUAAUUCGACCAUGGCGAUGGAUUUCCAUACUUUUCCAAAACUAUGAUAUUUUCAUACAAAUAGGUUAAAACAUUAUAAUAUAAUAGGUAAGUAAAUAGCUAUAGAUUUCACGCGUCGUCUACUAAAAUUGUACUAUACUCUAUAGUUUCAGAUUCUGAUUCGUUUGAAUUUCCUAUAAUCUAUUUAUUAUUUUUUUUUAUGUCUUCAAAUUACUUUCCUACGAAGGAUAUUGCUUAAAUCAAAAACUUUAUGGAAACUUGUAUGUAGAAUUUGUUAUCUAGUUGGUGUUUUCUUUUUAUAAAAGUCGAUACACUUAAAAAUUGGAACAAGAUUUCAGGUAGAAAAAAAGUUGAAUAUGAAAAUGUUGAUGAAAUUCCUACAAAUCACGGAAAAUGACGGUACUAUUUUCCGGUUUAUGCAGAUUAAACUUUUUUACACGAUAAAAAUACUCAAAAGUUCGAAAAAACAUGAACAGUUUUAAUUCAUAAAAAUUAAUUUAAUAAUAAUACAGCAGCUUCCUACUCACAAUCAGUAUUCUGUAGUUACGGUUUUUUCACCAUAAGAUUAUACGACAAUUUUUUCUUUCCGCGUAUUUAUAUUUAUUUGUAAACCUUGAAAGUUACUUGUAUUAUUUGUGGAAUAGAUAAAGAAAAGUGAUAAUAUUGAAAACAUAUUGUAUUAUAAUAUGAUGUUAUUGCAUGCGAUUUGUUAUUUAUGAUUGACACUUUGUAGUCGAUGUUCGAGGUCAAGUUAAGUGUAUUUUUUUUUUACUAUGUUUUAAAAAAACAAAAACACGAAAUACGUAAGCACUUAAUCUGGAGAAGUACAAAGUAUCUAUAAUUUAUUAAUUUUAGGUGUGUUAAAAAAAUAUAUAUAACCAAGAGAUAAGAGAUACUUUGUACCAGGGUUACUGAUUAAGUAGAAAUGAUGAUUAUAUUUCAAAUAAAAACACAAUUUACGUUUUUAAUUUUAUUAUUGUUAAAAUGCAGUGAAUUAUCUAUAAAUAUAUAUUUAGUAAGUAUAAAACAUACCUACGCCUAAGUGUAGCAAGUAUUUCUUUUUUUUUCAUUUUUUAUUUAUUCCAGAUAUUUAAAAUUUUUUUUUUUACAAUUUGUUGCAUAAAAACAAUGAGUACUCAGAGAGUAUGAGGUACUCAUAUUAUAUAUUUGAUGAAUAUAUUAAGUAAAUACCUUAUAAAAAAAGAGAAACAAAAAAACAACGACAUAAACAAAUCUCGAAGAGUUCACUAGCAUUAAUAUAAAUGUAAAUGUAAAUCUUAAGCAGUAUAAUAUAUAAUUUACUUUUAGUAAAUCCCAGAAUUCACUGCGUUGAAAUAAAGUAAAAUUUAUUUUAAAAUCAUUUUCAAUAUUUUAUAAAUAAAAAUAAAAAUUAUAUAUUGUAUUAUAACUGCAGUUCGCUGAACGUUCAACCACAUUCCUUUAAAAAUAUUAUUUGUUUUAAAUAUAGAUUUACUUUUACUCUGAUUUAAGGAGCCUCGUCAAUAACAUUUGUUUUCACCGACUAUCCUACACAUAGCAUAGAAACAAAGUCAUUUUGCAUUUCUACUAUUGCGACUUUCUGGGUGUAGAGUAAAGAGACCUAUAAAUUAUUAUGAUAAAAAAGAGGGUAUUUACUAUAUGGAUCUUACGGUAGUUAUAAAUGGUUAGAAUUAUCAGAAAAUUAAAACACUAUUAUAACCUUGAUAAAAUGUGUUUUUUUCUAUUAUUAAAAACGUCAAACUAAAAUAGUUACAACAUAUUUUAUCUUUAAAUAAUAUUUCUUUUACACAAUUUUGUCCAGAGCAUUACUUCCUGUAAUUUUCAACGAUUGUCAACAGAAAUUAAGAGAAGAGUAAGUGCUUUUUGAUGGUGGAAUUGUUUAAAAACCCGAUAAAAAUUUGAUCAUAAGAAACGGUAAUAUAUUUUUUCAUUUCUAUUUUUUUUUUUUUGACAAAAUCGUUAUAUAAAAAUACCUGAGUAAAUAUAUACAGGUGACAAGAUGCAAAGAGAAAAAAUGUAUUUUUGAAUUUCGGAUUUUAUAUUUUGUUUGUAGUGGUUCUCUUUUGAUCGCAGAAGCGAGAAAACGGUGUAUCAAUAUUAAAUAGUUGUUUUGUAGUUACUCAGAUUCGUUUUUUUUCUACGAUGUAUUAUACGUGUGUAUAAGGGUAUUUUUAAAAAUUACAUACGCCUGAGCCCUAAAAAAUUUUGUACCUUGAAUUACGGGGGUGGUUCCCACGCGAGAGGUGUGGUCUCUACUAUAUUAAACAUAAAAUGUAAAUGUCUACGGCUAAGUUGUCGGUGUAAUAAUAAUAAUUUAUUAUAAUUGUAUUUUCGAUACCAAUUUGUAUUUUUAAACGAAAAAAAUACAAUGGUAUAAUGUUGCUAAUUUUAAUUAGCAACAUUUCGAACUCGGUGUUUGCUCGUUGCCAAUUGGCAAUCGAUAAAAUAAUAGUAAUAGUCCAUUACUAUAAUAGACUGGAAAAAAGAUGUAUUAAAUCAAGAAAAAAAAAAAGUCUUUUUCGAUUAAGAUUUUCGUUUUCAUUCUGUAUGCGUUUUUAAACGAAAAAUGCAACAAACAAAAUCUGUUGCGACGACAUGAAAUUAUCAUUAAACGCGUAUUUUUUAAAAAAAAAAAAAAAUCACAGUGGUGAAAUCUACAAACGAUUUUGUUGAAUUUUCAACUAUAAUUAUACGUAUAUAAUACGAUUUAUAUGAGCUGCGAGAGUUUUAAAUGUAUGGGAGGUGAGGGAGUAAGAACUAUGAAGUGUUAAAAGAGUUAGAAAUUUAAAGUCAAACUUGUUCAAAUAGAUGGUCGCUGGUUUGUGAAAAAAACACACCGAAAAAAUAUCAUUCUGUAUAAUAAGGUGUAAGUAUAGUACACGUACUUCGCGUUGUUACGUGUCAAUUUAAUAACUACUUAUACUCCAUUAUUAUAAAACCUAAUAUUAUCUAUCAUCCAAGUAUUAUUCUAUGAUCAUUAAUUUCAUGCCGACAAUCAUAUUAUUUAGCUUUGGAUUACGCGUAUAAAACUAACUUACAAAGUGGCUGAUUUGAACAUUUUAAAAUGUGCGUAAACAUUUUUAUUUUUUUAAUAACUGAGAGAUGAAAAAUAAAAAUUAUUCCGAUUUAAAAAAAAAAAACAAGUUAAAUAUUAACAGAGAUCUAAAAAUCCGUCAAACUCGGCGGGACACCCUAUUCAUAAUUUAUAAUAUCUGUAUAGAUUAUAGAUAUUAUUUAUAUUUUAUACCCGUGUAUUAAAAUAUCGAAUCGCCAAUAAUAUGUUUACAUACUCAACGCGUGGUAUGAAAUCGCAUUUAUUUUACAUUUUUUCAAAUUAUAAAAAUUAUACUUUAAUUAUACUUGGUAACUACAUUCUAUAAAUUCAUAACGUUUUUCAUUAUCGUAUUAUAUUAUACAGGUAUUGCGAGCGAUGGUUAGAGGGCAAAAUUUACAAUACUUGCCUUGAAGUGCUGCAAUGACAAAUUAAAAUAUAAGGUUAUAUUCUUGGUUCUUAUGCAAAUAUUAUACCUAAUAUAUUUCUAUACUAAAUUAUAUUAUGAUACAUUUUCUCCCUUUAAACGUGAUCACCUUAUCGUUGGUAAAGUGUCCUGUCCGAAAAAAUUCGCUAAUACGACGAUUAAAAAGGAAAGAACCACCGUUUGUUUUUCUAGCCAUUACUCGUUUCCAAUCCUGUAUAGUUUAUAGUCCAUAAUUAAAACGUUGGCAAUCUGUUAAUUUUUCAAUGUGUCCGUUUCAUUUAUUUGAAAAAUCAUUGUCAUUGCGAUUACAGAAUGUAAUAUUUUCUCUUCUGUUUUAACAACAAGUUAUAAAAUAUUAAUUAAUAUGCAUUAUACAGGAUUAGGAUUUUCAAAACUCAAACUAAAGUAUGUUUAAAUAUUGAAUAAAAUAUUAAAACACCUAAUCUACGUCAAAUUAGUUACCUACCUAGGUUUUAUUUUCGCAUACAUUCAAGAAAUUCUAUAGCAUUUUGACCAGUUUGUGAUACUGGUUGGCUUAUUUGUUUCCGAUUUAUUGUCAGGUUGUAAAUCAUUUUAAACCGAUCAAGGCAGAAAUUCACGAAUAAAUCAGUUUGACCCCAUUCCCAAGUUAUUUUCCUUAUUACCUAUUAUAAUAUAGUAUUAACGUAAUAUCGUAUUAUCAUUUAUCGUUAUUACAAGACGCAACUACAAACUAUAGAAUUUUGGUAGUGAUCUUCCCUAAUAUUUUAAUACAUAGAGAAUUAUUAUUGUUAUAAUUAUUGUACUAGACGAGUGCAAAAAGUAUUUAUUUUCUGUAUGUAGUUUUUCUGUAUGGUUUCUUUAUUACUUUGUGCUAUUUUCACGUCAUAGCCCCUGAGUGAUCGUAAUAUUGGAAUUAUGAUAUUAUUAUACUUAGUAAUAAGCAGUUGUCAGAGGUGGAGCUAGAAAUAUUUUUCUGGGUAGGCCAGAUAAAUAAUAUUAAAAAAAUAUCAGGACAAGAGACUACUAAUAAAAAUGUUUAAUUUUAAAAUUGUUUGUUAAUUUCGGAGAAAAAUGGAUAGGGCUUACCAGCCGGCCCACUGGCUAUGUCACUGCCGAAAAUUAUAAAUCGUUCUAAGUAACACCGGCCGGUCACACAUUAACAAAAAAUAUUGCAGACGAAAUAAAACCUGACAUGGUUUUGUACAACAAAUUGGUGUUUAUUUUCGAUUUAAGUCCGACAUGAACUCCGUCAAAUUUCCUUUUAGAAAAAUUGCCAUCAUUAUAAAUUCGAGCAAAAUUUCUGGUAGCAAAGUUGUCCACAGAAAAAAAAAUAAACAUCUUUUUAAAACUAUAGGAUUCUUCGCUCCUCUCAAAAUCUAAAAUAAACCGAUUUUCGGAUUUGAAAAAAAACGAAUUGUUCUUCCGUUAUUUACUAAAUAUUAUGUAAAUGUUUGGUAAAUGUUUGUUGGUUUGGUUUUACCGGCAGUAUAAUAUUAGGACAUUAUCCGACUAAAUAUAUAACACUAUUAAGUCCUCUUACAAAAUGUACCUAUACCUAUAACUCUGUCUAUAUAGUUACAUUUCGUAUACCUUUCGUGUUUUGUGACCAUAAUAAUUUCUAAUUCUGAAAUCUCACCCGAUAUAACGAUGUCACCACAAAGAUUACGAUAUUUUAUUAUUACGCCGAAAUACACAACGUCAUGCAAUGUGUUCAGGUGUCAACUCUUUGUCGAACGUUAUAUUAUGCAAUAAUAUUAUUUAUUUUAUGUACCGUCACAAACCGUAAUAGGUAUUAUAAACGCAUUUAGACUAACGAACAUAUUAUUAUCUUUCCUUAAAGAGAAAGUGUUGAAAUUAGUUUUGUUAAUUUUAGAUUUAAAUAUUGUCCCGUGCAAAAUGUACGUUGUUUAUUUCUUAUUAUUUAACGUGUUUUACACAAAAACAUUUAGCCUUUGAUCAUCGCCCAUGGAAAUAUGACUUUCAAUUUUUAUACCAUUGUAAUUGGUAAAGUUUUAGAUUCUGAGUGGAGCGAAGAAGCUUAUGGUUUUACAAAGAUAUUAAUUUUUUUUUUCUAUGAACAAAUUUUCUACCAGCAAUUUUGCUCCAGCUUUUAAUGAUAACGAUUUCUCUAAAAAGAAAUUUCACUGAAGGGGUACUUUAGAGAUGCUGUUUUUCGAUUUUCUCCUGAGUUUUCUCAAUAGAUGUGAAAAACAGGGGGAAAACAUAGGAAAACCAGGGAAACGUAGGGAAACUGGGGAAAAUCGGUACAACAUUAAACAUUAUUAAAAAAUAUGUAGAAUGCCUGUUUAAUUAUUUUACUAUAAUAUGGCAUAUAUAUAAAUUAUAUAUUAUUGACAAAGCAUCACUAUCAACUGAACUCAGAAUAGUUUUUUCUUAAGCAAUGGUUUAUCGUGGCUUAAAAGUAUAUAUUAACAGUGGCUGCAUCCGUCCCUAUUAUCCUAGGACGUCUUUUUAUUAAUGAAAUAAUUUUAACGCUUACCGUUCAAUUGUAAAGUUGUCCAACUGUUUACCGUGUGGUUCCUUAUUUUUAUCUAUAUUUUGUUGGUAUCAGGUAUGUCUGAUACAUGAAUAAUGUCAAUACUGUUAAUAUAUAAGUAUAAUUUAAUUUUAAUUAAAUUAAAAAAAUGGUGCAUUAUUUCAGCAAGCUAAUGGGGACUAUUUUAAUAGGAAGUAGAGAGGCUGCACACCCUGCUCCUCCCCAGAAAGUCCCCAUUUCCAAAACAAGUUAGCAAUUUUGUGGUGUCACUAUAUAUUAUGUAUAAUAUUUUAAAAUUGAGUUGAAAACUUAUAUACCCAUAAAACGAUCACUAUUUUCAAUAUAUAGUUAGUCUAGUGGUUAAGGCGUUAGGCAGUUAGGUAGUUAUGUUGAUUAAUGAGUCUCGGGUUUGAUACCCGGCGGCGACUUCUGCAAGAUGUCCGUUUCUUGCAUUUUUAUUUUUCGUAUAUUUUUAUUAUUGUUAUACAUUUAUGUUGAAAAUAACGUCUAUGUAACAUAUAGUAUUAGUAAAAUACAUAUUUUUAGGAAGUUUUUUAUAACAUCACAUAGCAGUUGUUACGAUGUUAUUGAGACGUUAGAAAACACGUUACAUUUGAGUAAAUGAAAAAUAAAUAUGAUGUUAGAAAUUUUAGACAUUAGCGGUACCGAUACGUUACUUUAACGCAAAAACAACAAUAAAUGCAAUGUUACAUGUUGAUUUGAAACUACCCUGAAAUGUUUCUGUAAUAUAAUAUUGCACAGUAGGUGAGGUCUUCUUGUUAUGUUAAUACAAGAUGAAACCUUUGCGUCGUCACACUAAUCCCUACAUUUCUUACAUUUUCCCGUUUUAUUUUUUCGAUUUUUUAUAUUUAUUGAGUAAACGGCCGAGAAAAUCGAAAAAUGACUUCCUUAAAGUACCUCUCCACACCAAUAUUCUAUUAGAAAAGGUGGUACACUGAUUUCUGGUAGAAAAGUUUAUCACAGAAAAAAAAAUAAACAUCUUUGUAAAACCAUAAGCUUCUUUGUUCCACUCAGAAUCUAAAAUUAUGUUGAAUAUCCUAUUCAACCUUUACAUCGAGAUCAUAUGGGACAUUUGAGUAUUAUGGGGCAAUGUUUGAUUAAUUACACAUUUAUAAUUUAAUAAUAUCAAUAAUUUCGUUUUCGUAAUAUAAUCUGUUAAUAUCUAAUAAUAACAAUAAUACAAAUAAAUUAACUGAAUCUGAAUUUAUAUAAAAUAAUUAAAAUUAUAGUUCUUAUACAAAAACUAGGUAAGUAUAAAUUAUGUAUAUUAAGUAUAAAAAAUUCCAUAGUUUCACUAACGGAAAAUAUUACUUUCAACAUCGGUAUCAAUUAGAAAAUUUGAUCGAUUUUAAAUAAUGUUGUUGUAACUAAAGUAUACAAAAUUAUUAAGAUAUUGGUUCAAUACACAUUGGCAAAUAAUAUAUACCUUAUAUCCGAGUUAAAAUUCUAAAGUCCACCGUGAUUAUUGUAAUCUUAUGAAACAUUUAAAAUACAUAAAAUCCUUAAGAGUACAUCACAACGGCAUCUACAGUCUUCGCAUUACAAACACAUAACAUUUCAAAUGUUUGAUUUCAGUAGGACAAUUAAUGUUGCGCCGUUAGUUUUAAUACUAAAGCGAAUUGACUUAUUAACAAAACUUAAAAGUAAAAAAAUGUAUCUAUGCUCUAGAGUUGAUUUUUGUUUUAUAUUUUGUUUUUAAGCGAGAUGCAAUUAUUUUUAAAUUGUUAUAUUUCAUAUACUCAUAUCAGUUUUACUUAUCAUGUUCACUCUACUCGCUUAAAUAUUAAAAUAUCAGAAAAAAUAUUAACGCUAGGGCACAGAUAAUCGUAUUACCUUUAACUUAGGCAUUCCGCUUUAAUAUUAAAAGUUACGGCACAACAUUUUUCCUAUUGAACUUAAGUUCAAAGUUGUUAUUUCAUACGUUUGUAAGACGGAGACAGUACAUUUGGAUGUGUGACAAAGGCACAAUAGCGUCAUGAUAUAGGAAUUAUACAUAGGAGAUGUAAGCGGAGAGAUGUAGUAGGUGUAGUUUCUUGUUUUCUGAAUUUAUUGCAGAUUAAUAUUUCGUAUUUAUUAUGUUACUUAUCUGCAUGCUUUUAAAUCGUUAACCUUAAUACUAUCAGUGUUUUCCAUUUCAAAUGGCCACUGUGCCGAGAAGAGUGAGUCAGCUGGAUUUUAUAAUAAUUCGAUUCGUACAUCGGACAAUUAUACUAUGCAGUGAUAAUUUCGCUAUCUCGGGAAUUCGCUGGGAAUGUACAUUUCUUGUUUCCUACAUAUUUUAUAUACCUUAUACACAAAAACGUGGCAUAAUUAUAAUGACCGUUAAGUAUACAAUGGGAAAAAAUAAAGAAACACGAAAAAUCUCGUUUCGCCUAUUUAAUAUUAUUAUACGAUUUGUAUAAUUAAUGUAUAUUUUAGAUAUCUAAAUGAUGUGUAGUCGCUCCGUUCUCGUUCUCUCGGUAUGUCAUCGAAUAAGAGAAUUACGAAAAAGUAACCAGAAGAUAGGUAUACGAACAAAUUCGAAUAAUCGAGUGUUCAUGAAUACUUAUAUAAUGUGUUUUAUUGUAUUAUAUUAGUCGUAUGAAAUAUUGAGAUAUGGAAAACUCAUUCGAGUAAUCGCGAGUGUUGUACAAUGAAAAUUGUUUGGAUUUAAAUGCCACGAAAACACGGGAAAAUAUGAAACCUCCACAUACUAUUAUUUUUGAAAAUUAAACAAUAUGAUAUUGUUAUUUUAGAAAAAUAGUUAAAAAAAAUAUAAGUUACAGGUUUUAUAAAUAAAACCUGUUUUCUUUCUUAAAUUUAAUUACUUGAAAAAUGUUUUACUGAAAUUUGCUGUCUUUUCCGGGAAAUUUGUUUUAAAAAAAUGUGUUGUUUUUUUGCCGGAAAUUUCAAUCCUUGAUAAAAUGUAAUAAAACACUUAUACAAUAUGCUUAAUCACAAUGUUAAACAACUUUUGAUAACGCCAAGACUGUAUAGUUUUAUUGAACUUUGAAUUUUCGCGCGUUUGCACCUGUUGUUGCAUGUUCGACGUGGAUUUUAUUGUUCGAAUUAUGCCGAGGGUUUUCAAUUACCAAGAGUCGACUAUAGUAUUAUACCGUAUAAAAACAAUUAUCUUUAUUAUUAUUACCUUAUUAUCAUUAUGAUUGUUAUUAUUAUGGUUGUUAUACGACCGCGCGUAUCGCAAUAACAGGAUUCGUGCUUGGGUGGGCCGCCGCCGACGACUAGGGACAUACAAAUAUGUAAGACAGCAGCUAAGAAAACGAUUUCGUCCGUGAAAACUAUAAUUGUUUUUCGUGCGAAUACCUACAUAUACCUGCGAUUUAUUAUACAAAUACGAGAUAGCGACCUAACGUUAUUGUAUUCGUAUACCUACACAUAUCUUGUGCUGCAGACCGAUCCGAAGUUUUUCAGUAUCUAUCCAUGAAUCGAACGUCCCCGAAGAUAUUACUCGUCCGUUACAGCGUGCCUGUGUAAUUUAAUAAUAAUAAUAGUAUGUACUUAUAAAAACGAUAAGUACUUAUGUCUAUCGUCGUGGUUCAGCGGUGACCAAAAUAAUAAUUUAUUAUGUACCUGGCAUGCUCGUAAACACCACAGAUACGGUUGCGUUCUUUUACGGUGCGGCGUAGCUGUUUCAUGCAUUUAUUCGAUAUCUGCGUCGAUGAUGAGAGAUAAUAAUCCAAGCAUGGUUAGUACACUGUAUUGUAUUGUAUAUUUGUAUUUUUGUCUAAUAGUUUGUUUCUUUAACAUUAUGUUGCUAGAUUGAUACGACCGGUCUUGCCCGGAAAAUAGUGCUAAAAAUUAGGCAGCCGGACCGGGAAUCGAACCCGAGUUUCUCUCUUACCGGACUAUUGCUUUACUAUUAAUAGCUACCCGGUGCUUAACUUAUAACACAAAUUACACUGGACUUGAGCGAAUUAACAUUUCAGCCGCGUGUGUGGUUGAGGGGACGAUGCGUGUAAAUAUUUGUCAAACAAUUCUUUAUAUAAUUUAUUUAGUUUAAAAUGUAGUAUUCUGCAGAAAUUCGAGUAAAUAUUUAAAAUUUAUCCAAAUAAUGUAGUAUAUAUAAAUAUAGAAUAUAGAUACUUAUAAUCUUCCGGUCGGUUUUGGAUUUCUUUCUUUGAUAAUUUAUAUCCUUAUACCAACCUGAAAUAUUGUAAUAAUAGUCGACAAUAGUCAUAAUGCAAUAAAAUAGUGUUAUCGUAUACUAUGAAUAUUAUUAUAAAAUGGCUAUGAAUCUGUGAAGACUGUAAGCGACGUAUGAAAAUCACUAGACUCUGUAAUCGAAUUUUAACGUUCGCAUUGGUUCUUAUUUUGAUCACAACAUAAUCACAUAACUCACAUUACCAACAAUAUCAUAUUCUUGUCAUAAUUUGAAUAAUCGGAAUUGACUGUACUUGAUAGAUUAUUGAUAGCCACUUUUAGCACGAUAAAAUCGCUGUUUGUGUGUGUUAUGCCAUUUUUUGACUAUAUACAGAAUAUAGCUUUUGACUUACAAAAUACUCACGUUUCAAUCAUAAUAAACUUCACAUGGUGACUUAUUUUGUCUCGUAUUUCCACUGUAUAUAGCGUAUUGGAUCUUUUCGAUUUUGACGAACUAACUAAUCCGUAGUCACGAUAUUCGUAUUUCUAUAACAUUAAUAAUGAUACACCUACCUAAUAUCUGUGUGUAAUAUUCUGUAUUCCGUUGCAUAAGACGGGACUCGAUAAUGAUACAAUAUUAUAUUAUUAAAUAAUACUAUAGACAAUAAUAUUUCUCGCGAUUAAUUUUAAUAUUUUUUCUCCAACUGCAAAACGUUGUGCGCGCCAGUAUAAAAUUAAUAAUAAUAGUAAUAAUAAUGUAAUAAUCAGCUAUCGAAAAAAUAAAUAAUGAAACGCAAAUUCUCUAGUCUUUGAUAAUGAAUAUUACCAGCUUUUAGUCGUGUUCUCGAAAAAAAUAAACGUGCGCAGUAUUAUAACUUUAUAAUAUUGUAUUUUUCGACUCGUGCGUCGUGACUCCUGUAAUGAGGUCUAAAAAUAUAGCGGCAGCACUGCACACGAUUUGCGGAUUUUUGCGGGUUUAUAUUUACACAGAAUUCUCAAUCGGCGGUGUAAUUUCGGUAUAAUAAUAGUUGAAGAGCUCAGUUUAACAAUAAGGCAAUUCCAAAAUUACAUUUUGAUAGUUUCGAGUAGAGCAAUAAAUGAUAAAUAAUUCGGUACAACAAUAAUUCAAGUACGUUUACUAAGUAUGGAAAAAAAUAGGGGUAAUAACUUAUUAGGCUCAAUAAAAUUCUAGGCAAAAAUAAAACAAGUUCCAUAAAUAAAUGGUUUUUAUUUUUCUUAAAGCUGAUUUCACCAUAAUGGGGUUAAAGCACAAAUUACUUAACCCUGAGUUACCAUUGUUUCAGUUUUACCACACAUUUUUGGGCAAGAGUUAGUUAAUCUUAAGCCUAGACGAUCUUCUGUAUCUAAUUGUUUUUACUAGGUUUUUCUCUGAUAACAGCGAUAAAAAUCUUAAUUUCGAAAAGUCAACUUGUCUUGUUGUUGCACUAAGUCCUUCAACUGAUAUUUAGACUGAACCAAAGUUUCCGAAUUGCCAAGAUUAUUUAUUUUUUUUACUAUAGUUAAACUUGAACAAUCUAUCCAUCCAAUUACAAUUUAUACCUAUCACCGUAGGGACGGAUCCAGGGGGGCCUUGGGGCCCAGUCUCCCCCAAAUAUAUUAUUUAUCUUAUCUUUGUAUGUGAACUGUAUGAGAAAAUAAUAUACAUAAUGUAUUAUAUUAUAUUUUAAUUGUAUUUAUGUUAUUAAAAAAUUGUUGGCCUUCCCCCCCAGAUCUUUGCUCUGAAUCCAUGCCUGUAUCACGGUGACUUGAAGAUUGAAAAAAUGAGGAAACCUGCAUUAAUUUAAUAAAAACUUCAUUGCUAUUGACCUCGUAAAAUAUAAAGUAAUAGUACGAAAUUAAUUGAUAAUUUUUAAUAAAAAGAAAAAUAAUAACAAAGUAAAAAAAAAAGAAAGAUAAAACUAAAGAAACCUUUUGAUCAACUGUGGGUAUUGAACUCAGAUAUAUCUAUGUAUUACUUAAAUACCUAAUACUCAAAACCGUGACGGUCGUUAAAGACUUAAUUAUUUUAAAUAUUAUCCAAUUGUGUGUUCUAUCUGAUAUUUUACACCAAAAUUUAAGAGUAAAAUUUUUUCUGAAAGAUGAUUUUGUCUAAUUGGUAAAUAAGGAAGUUUUUUUUUUUUAAAUUUGUUCGUGGUUUUUCAAUAAACGGGAGAAAAAUGAGCAAAACAAGAAAGUUUACAGAUAAACAGUUUCAUUGUUUUCGAUUUUUUUUUUUUUUUUUUUUUUUUUUUUUUUUUGUAGUAUUUUGUUUAUUAUAUUGUUAAUGGAUUUUUUUUAUAAAUUAAUAAAAUUGUUUUGUCAAACAAAAACAGUUAAAAAUUAAAUACGAUGUUUAUCAGAAAUUGUACUAAGUGGUAAAAAAUCAGAAAUGUAGCAUAUUAUUAACGCUAAAUUUAGCAACACUGGAUUUUGUUAUAAUUUUGUUAAGAUCAAAUUUGAUUAAAAAAAACGUAAAAAUUACGAAGUUUCAAUAUAUAUAUAUAGGUAACCGAACUUUGCUCAGAAUCAUUUUUCGUGUUUCAAAGUUUAGACAUCAAACUGAUAACAAUCAUCAUUAUUUUAAUAUUUUUUAUAACAUAAAAUAUCUGAAAUCUACAUAUAUAUAUAUAUAUCGAUAAAACGAUUGUGUAGCUAAAAAAAAAAAAGUUACAAAAUGAUAAAAAGUAGUCCAGUUAGUUUAGAUUAGAAGUACAAUUGAUCAUUACUGACCUAUAGACUAACAGUACUUUGCUUAUUUUUUUUUUCUUCUAAUGGACAGCCGAGAACCAUAUUUUAUAAAAUAUAACUUGUCGUCAAAAUCUUCAUAAGUUGAAUAUAAUUUUAAUUUGAGAUUUGAUAUUCAUCUUUUACUCUUCACAGGAUAUUUUUACUUAAAACUGCAAUAUUUUGAACUGACCGAUUUAAUUUAUAGAUAAGUAUAUAUAUGUAAAAAAAAUAUACAUUCAAGAAUAGAAUUCCCACCCACUCUGAUCGCCGCCACGAUCGUCUCCACCGACGACAACAGUUAUCGCGGUGGUCACGGUUUUUUUCUUUGUUUUUUGUGUCAAAUGCGAAAUAAAAUCGCAAACAAAGAAAAGACAUAAUAUGAGAGUAUUAUCACAAUUUUCGGUACUUUAUUUUUUAUAUUAUAUAUCGAACAGUUAUAAUACAAUCGUUUGUUCAAUAAUCACUAAAAAAAAAAAUACGGUUCACAGUUAUUUUUCGUGUUUGAAAAAAAAAAAACACGAAAACAAAACUAUGUAUAGUUGUGAAAAAAAACGGGACUAAAAGUUCAUAUUAAUCGGGACAACACGGAGCUACAGAAAAUGUAUAAAAAUAUAAAUAAUAACAAAAAUAUACAAAUCGUGUAUAAUAUGUUUAAUCUUUUCAAAAACGAAAAAACACCCCUGCGCUGUGAACAACAGUACCUAAUCGAGUAGAAUUUUCUCCCAACCGACCUUUCGCUGGUAUAAUAUUUCAUUGUUUUUUCUUUUAUUUUAGAUUUGGAGCGUAUUUAUAAUUGUAAUUAUUAUUGCCAAAGUUUUAUUAGACUUCAGUCAGUAGGGAGUAUUUAAAACCCAGUAUAUCCUUUGAAAAAAUGAAAUUUAAGAUUAGAAAUGGUUGCAAAGGAAGUUUAAAGUUGAUACUCCUUAAAGGUACACCCUUAUAUAUACAUACACACGAUAUUUAUUGUAAACAACAAAAUUAUUUUAUCUCCCUUACUUGGACCAGGGGUCUGUGUAACUGUACAAAGUUCGAAAAACCGUCCUCCCGUAACCACAUGAUUAAAUUCAUAUCAAAAAUUCAAUAUCAACGUCAGCAUCAAAAUUUUUGAAAUUAAUCGAUAUAUCAGUAGAAGUUAUAAUAUAUAUAUAUAUAUAUAUAUAGAGAGAGACGCAUUUUUCGCGAUUUAAACUCACAUUGGUAUUUUCGAUAUUUUUUUGAGGGAAAGGGGCCUGAAAAAUAAUGUGUUUUUUAAAGGUAUUUUUAUUAUUUUGGACAGAUGCCUGAUUUUAAGCAAAAUUUCAUUGAAAAUAUAUCCACGUCUUAGGCUCGGGUUGUCCAGACGAUAUUUAGACGUUUUUUCUUAGGAAUUAAAAAAAAAUCAUCACUUAUGGUAAUAAUCCACAACAUCGACGACGACGAUUAGCCGAGCACGAAAAAAUCAUCGUAAUCACGUCCAGGGCGGUUGCAUAUUAUAACAACAAUAUUAUUUAUAUUAACUUGACGUCGUUGGAGCGUAGGUUUUUAUGUAUUUUUUACUUAUUUUAUUACCCGCGCAGUUUCCUCUCUUGCCGGUCGCAUGUGUAAACAAUAAUAUGAAUAUGUUGACGAUUGGUUUUUUUUUUCUGCUUUUUAAGGUGCGUAUUGGCAACUCGCGUCGCGUCGCGUAGUCGGUUUGGUCGGGUCAACGGACACGCAUAUAUAAGUAUAUAUAAUAUAAUAUUAUGUGUACAAUAAUAUUAUACGACGACGCAGCUUGUCGAUAUUAUUAUCAUUAUUAUUAUUACGCUCACGGGCGAAUUUUUAUUAAAAAAAUUUCCUUCCUCUCCUAGCUCUUUCUCUCAGUCUGCGUGUGUGUCUGUCCGUGUGUAUACCGUGAGGCCUGUCUGCAGUCCGGUCACGAAAGGGUCGUCGGCCGACCGCGUAGAGUUAAGAGUAUAAUUUUAUAGGCACCUUCCCGGGUAUUAUAAUAUAUACUCGGGAGAUUUUAAAAGAAAAAUAAAAAAAAAAUAAUAGUUUUAUAUCUGUACCUGUAAGGUCGCGCUUCAGCGCUGCGACAUAAUAAUAUCAUUUGUAUUAAAUAUUAUCUUCGUGUGUGGACGAACGGCCUUUGUUAUUGUUGUUUCGUUUUUUUUUUUUUUUACUAUCUAAAAAAAUAUCGAGAAUACAUAGUUGAUAUGCUUUUAUUUUCUAUAUUAUUAUACCGAGCCCGAGUGCCCUCGGGUAAGGCAAAAAUUUUUUGACCGACGAUGGGCUCCGUCGACCGCUCAAGAACCCGUUUCCGUUAUCACGGUAAAAUACUACUGCAAGACUGAUUUCGCGAGACUACAGCAAUGUCACGAUUAUAAAGGUGAAAACGGACGUUAGGGCCAGAAUAAAAAAUAUACCCGUUUAUGAUAAAUAAAAUUAAAUAAAACCUUUUAGUCGAAUAUUUAUUUGAUAUUAUGUUGUUUUCGGAUGGAAAAGGAUAGUGAAAAAAAAAGAGAGAACUGAUGGGUGUAGAUGGAAAGUCAAAGUACAAUUCAUAAUAAACCUUGUAUGAAACUUUCAAACAUUUCUGUUUGUUAAAAUAAUUGUAUCUACAUUAAACAAAAAAUGUCAAAAACCGUAAUCGUUAUUGCUGUAAAUUUUCAAGUUUUCCCUACGUAUUUUUUCAUUUAUUCUCAAAACUACUGGUAAAAUCAAAAAAUGAUCUUCAAAUGCAUCAAAAAAAUUCAAAAUUAUAGGGCCUUUCAAAACAUGUUCAUCUGAACUCCGCUCAGAAUUGUUUUUCGUUAACAAUAAUUAAUCGUUUCGUACAAAUAUAAAUUAAAUUUCUUCUCUACCUUCCCAACUUCUCACCUAUAACAGUGACCCACCCAUCGUGCCAAGUUUAUCAGUUUGUUUUUUUUCUUAUUUAGUGUUGAGGGGAAACCCAAAAACAAUUUCACGGAAAAACAGGAAUAUUCGAUGGAACAACGAAUGGCGGGUGCAAAAUAAUCGUGAAGAUUUAAAAUUUUAACCGAAUACAGGCAUUAGAAUUGUUUAAACAUAAUAUUUCAGAUUUUGAAAUAUGCCGGAUUUUUUUCUGUUAUUCAUAGCUAUAUUUGAUAUGUUUUUGAUUUUAUUUAAUUUUUUUAUGUAUAAAAUUGUUUAAACACCUAGUAAAAAUAUUAGAGAUUUAAAUAUUUCUCAUUAGCUGUGUUGGUGAUAAAAACAAUUGAGCCGAAAUGCCAUUAUUUAUUUAUUUAUUUUUAAAUUAACAAAUUGUGCGUUAUGGUAUAAUUGUUCAUGUUUUCUAGUUUUCAAAAUAACUGCGAAAAAUCAAGAAAAAACAUAGGAAAACGGGAUAAUGUACGACAAUAACAGUUUAAUUAUUUUAGAUUUUGUUUUUUUGUUGUACCUCGGUUACAAAUAAUCGUAAAGAUCUGAGAUUUUCAAAUUUCACAGAAUACCUAUAUAAGCUUUUUUUACAGACGUCGGUACAUUUUCAAUCCAUUCUGUCGACUGUGAAAAAUAUUUUUAGGUAUAUUAUUUUAUACGUAUAAUGAAAUAUUCGUUAAAAACACAAACAACAAUAAUUGCAGUUUAUUUUCCAAUAAGAGAUUCUACAAUAUAAUAUAAUUUGAAAUGUUCAAAUUAAUCAGUAAAAAAAAAAAAAAAUUAAAAAUCUAGCUACGAACUCGAAUCGUUUUUAGUUUGCAAUAAUUUACUGUAACCUAACCUAAUCUACAGAGUACAUGACUCUUCGGUGGUGCCUAAUCUCGGAGCAGUGGCCGUAAAAUUGUUAUCGUUUUCUUUUCGAUUUACUGGAAAAAAAACACAACAAACGAAACGCGAUGCGGAUAAAAAAAAAUCCGAACCAGUCAACGGCAAUUGGUAGGGGGGACGGACGAAAUAAAACCACUAACCAAGUCGACUGACUCACGUCUCCGACAUCAGCAUCGUGUAGGUUUACCCGGUCCGCAGUAUAGGUUAGGUCGGUAUAAUAACAAUAAUAAUAACAAUAUCGCGAUACACCGCGGACAGCUACCUACGCGCGGAUUUCGCCCACGCGCGCCCGCGGUCAUUACGGUAAUAACAGCUAUUACAUAUUUCUUAUAUUAUUAUUACUAUAUACACGGUACACGUCGAUCCGAAAUAAUAAUAAUAACGCGCGCUCGUGACGGCGGUGGGCGAACUCGCCAAAUAAAAUGCGAACAUUAUUUGUUCUCCGUUCUCGUCGUAUAAUGUUGUAUUAGCACGAAGUAUGUACCUACCAACCUGUUUUACUGUCGUAUAGUAGCAACUGCAGUAAACUAUCGAAUUGUCGAAAAUGAGAUUGGAAUAUGCAGAAAAGGUUAAUUUUCGUAUUCUGCGUAUUUCAUUGAUUUAAUACCUUCGGAAACGAUUUUAAAACGUCAUACUGCACGGUUUUGUUUUAUUUUUGGUUUUAAAAGUUUUAAGUAAAUCACAGUAAAUUACCAAAAACGCAAUACCUAUAAUUUGUUGAUAUUAUUUUUGCAUUCAUUACUGAUAACAGAAUAUUGUAUACUGUAUGUACCUAAAAAUUCGGGAUUAAAUGCAUUUAGUAUCACUCAAGUCACUGUAUAUUAAUUGCAGUAUCUGCUUGUAUUUUUUUGUAUAUUCUACAACAAUUGCUCUCAUAAAUUGUCUAAUUACGAUUGUUAUGACUAAUUUCGUAUUCGAUUUGGUAAUAUUUUAGUAAGACGUUAGAACAGAAGGCCACGACUCUAGCAGAAAUGAAAAUUCCUAGAUCUAGAUACACGAGUGCAGAACUCACUAUUCAGAGGACAAAAUACGAAUCAGCAUUUACAGUCCAUGAAGGACUUUUGCUGCCUAUACCUCUUAAGCUGCCUUCUAUUCUGGUUACUUGGAAAAUUUCGGCUAGAUUUAGCUCGUAAAUACGAUACGCAUCAGCCAUCCAUCAGAGGAGAUAAAAUAAUAAAUGAGUAAGAACUAGUUAGAAUAGUAUCUUACUGUUAUAAAAUAUCUUGAAAUAAUUUUAAAGAAUCGUAUUUUUAUUAUAUCUCAUCGUGCCUUUGAAAUACAGUAAAAUAAAAUUGAUCAAAUAAGAUUUCGGUAACUGCCGUUUUUGCUGCACCAUUCUCAAAAAAAAAAAAACGUUUAGUCUCGCUACGGUCCAAUUAUAAAACAGACGCCGAAUCGGAUAAUUCAGUACCAAACUAGUGCACAACAAAUUGUGUAUCACUAUAUACAUAGGUAACAAAUAUACUAUAGGAUUUUAUUAACUCUAUUUGAUAAAAAGAAAAGUUAUGAUUAUAAAAUAAAAUUAAGGACAAUUUAAUAUUAAAACUUGUAUAGAUAUUCUUUCACCUUAUUUUUUUUUUACUUUAUAAACCGCCCGGCGCCCAAAAAUUACACGAGAAUAUCAUAUAGAAAAACCGUACACUGAAACCAUUAAUAACUGUGAAUAAAAAAUAAUAAUAGAAAAUUGAAUAAUAUUAUUUUUUUUUAUUCAUCAUGAUAAAUAAGUGGGUAACUGUAUCGGAAAUUGCAUAUACAUGUAUUUUAUAAAAUCUACAAUAAUAAAAGAUUUGUAUGUAAUAUCAAAAACUGUAACACUGUUCUACAUUUGGAAGUUGUCAAUUAUCAGGAUUAUUUUCACACGAGACAAUGGGGGACUAUAUUUACCGAAAAUUGAAGGGCGUUUCUGUGAAUUGAUUAAAUACAAUUAAACGUUCAGGAAACCCGUCAUCACGGAGACAAAACUUUCAACAUGUUUUUCUCCCACGCGCAUUUUAUGCAAUAGAUUUUAAAUAGUCCACACAAUCAAAAAUGUUAUCCCACACAUAUGCCUGUUCAUUAAAAAUAAAAUAAAAUAUAGUCUGAUUAUGUAUAGUCCAAUGUGGUGUUAAAGAAUUUAUUUUGGUUAUUAAACUAAUUCUAGUUUUUAAGACGUCAUUAAAAAUACAAAACAACAGUAAAUAAAAAAUCCCUCCGGAUUUCGAAGAAUUCAACUGAAAGGGAACGAUAAAUCCACCUUAAAAAAGAAGAGGUAUGGAGGGCUCCAUACCCCUUCUCUCUUUCCUACUGCUUUACCAACUGAUUACAUACAGUUUUCGUACUGUGACUUAUUACAAAUCAUAAUGAUUUAUAUUCUACUAUUUAUUCUAGCGUAGCAUUUUAGCUGUAUCUACAAUAUAACGCCACAUAUCAUGUACCACUUUAUUAUGAAUACUUAACGCUUUUGAAAUUUCUUCUACAUCAUAUAUCUAUAUUUUUGGUGCUAUUUUUGAAACACACAAUGGCCUUUUCUUUAUUAUUUGAUAAAGCUUCUUAUAGGUAUACAUCCAAUAUCCCGUCAGUUUUAUAAGACUAAUAUUAUUAUUGCCUAUCGAUCGAUGUAGGUCAGUGUGUCACGUGUGGUUAUAAUGCAAUACACACCACAAUAUGCAUAAUAUCAUGCGGUUUCAAGCCGGUUAAAAAUUAUCCGCGUGGUUGUGAUUUGUGAUCCAGUAUGGGGACACUAAAAACGUAGUAGUUAUAAUUUAUAAGUAUGCGAUUAUGUUUAUGGUAAUAUGCAUUUGUUAACAUUGAAAAUUGGAAACAAUAGAUAAAAACCAAUAAAAAAAAUUAAAAACUGACCUAGGAUAAUAGAGACGGAUGCAACCAUUAAUAUAGGUAAUCGAAUGUAUACGUGUAAGCAACGAUAAACCAUUACUAACAAAAAAAUGAUUCUGAGCGGAGUUUUUUGAUAGUAAUGCUUUGUCAAAAAUGUAUAUGUAAUUUUAUAGUUAAAUAAUUAAAUAGGCAUUAUUAAUUUAUUUUAAUAAUAUUUGUUUAAUGUUGUACCGAUUUUUCCGUUUUUCCUAUGGUUUCCCGGUUUUCCCACGUUUUUCCCGGUUUUUCACACUUGCUAGCAAAAUUCUUGAGAAUAUCAAAAUAUAAUAUCUUUAAAGUAUAUUCCUUAUCGGAUUUCCUUUCAGAAAAACUGCUAUCAUUGCUAAUCGGAGCCAAAUUGCUUGUAGAAAAGUUGUGUACAGAAAAGAAAAAUCAUAAUAUAUUUCGUACAUUUUUCCGUUAUUUUCUUCGUUUUUUUUUUCGAUUUUUCACAUAUGAUGAAAACUCUUGAGAAAAUCGAAAAGUGAACCCUUUUAAAUAUUUCUAUACACCGAUUUCCUUUCAUUAAAGGUACUACAUUUAAAAAUCGGAGCAAGAUUUGUGGUAGAAAAAUUGUACACAGAUCUUUGUAAAACCAUAAGCUUCUUCGCUCCACUUAGAGUCUAAAACCGUCAUUGAUGCGAGGUUUAAAUACAUUUGCCAUCCGUUCCGUUACUAAUAUACAGAAUGCUUAUAAAUUUGCUUUCACUAACAAACAAAAAAUAAAAAAAACGUCAGUUACUAUACUAUAGUUACUAAAAUUAUUAGAUAAUCUGAAUAUACGUCUGAUUACGUCUGAAAUUACGAUAUAGCGCUAAAUUUACAGAAAAUAUCCACUUACAGUUGCAACAAUUCAAUAAUCAAAACUAUAAAUGAAAUAAAAAUAUUAGGUAAUUUCACAAUGAGGUAUGUACCGACGCAUUCGCUGUUCAAUCGCGUUUUUAAUAAUAAUUAUUUUUUCAUCAAUUCAAAAAUUAUACGAACUUUAAAUAAUGUAUAAUUUAAUUUCGAAUAUUUGUAAUUACACGGGUUGUAUACAAACUGCGCGUAGAGAAAUGUGCAACCAUUUCAAUCGAAAUAACUAAACAAAAAUAGAAGUUUGAUUUUUUUUUUUUUAAUGCCUGCAUAUUUCAGGGAUUUAUAGUAGAUAUUUAUUUUUGAGAUUUUUAAUGUAAUUUCAUUUCUCUAAGGUGAUUUUAUUAGUGAUUGUUAAAUCCACAGCCAUUUAUAGUAUUGAUAAAAUAGUACUUAUAUAAAAUAUUAUGAACUAUAAUAGAUACGACCUAUUAAGAACGUCACAUCCGCAUGCGCGUAGUAAAACCGGUCUAAUACGUAAUUGCGUGGAAAUCGCUUAAUUUUGAUUUUAGAUUAUUAAUGCAAAUUAAUAGAGUACAGUAUGGAAUAAUAUUUAGAAUAACGCAAAAACGCAUCGUCCGGUAUAUCAUAUUAAUUCAAUUAUUGGCGUUUUUCAAUUUAAGCGAAUUUUACGUAGUCUGCUUACAUGGGUAUUUUCGCUGUGUUGCCCGUUAGUUGGACUGAGACGGUCGUCUAAUUAAAAUGUCUAUUCAAAUUCGGAUUUUCCGAUUCAUGUUUAAUCUAUUGUACAACGACGCAGUUUUACGGAUACGGUCGGGGGUUUUUUCCCCCCGCUGCUCCGGGAGUUUAUAGCAAAGCGAGGAGUGGAAUCAAAUCAACGAAUAUCCGGAACAGAACAGUGUACAUAAAAGGCGUUUCACGUGUUUACUCGUUGGAAAAAAAAAAAAAGAACCCGUUGGAACAUUAUUAUUGUGAUUUACCAUCGAAAAUUCCGCUGACAUCACUGCACGUUAAAAGUGUUAUCAUGUAUAGGUCGCGGGCGCGCACACACCGCCGCAUAGAAGAAACGUGCUGUAAACAUGAUGUUCUCCCGACGUCUGUUUCUUCCCCUUUCUGUUUUUUUUUAUCAACUAUUUUUUUUUCUUAUCUGCUAUAUGUCGAGUGCCUGUCAUAUUUGAUACGAUAGUAGUAUUAUUACAAUAGUAUAUUAGGAAACACUUUUCAAAAGAUUCUCUUCCCCGCAGUAUACUAUAGUACCUAAUAGUUUUUCAAAAGCGAUUUCAAAAGGUGAACAAUAAUAAUUAUAUCAUUUCGUACAAUAAACGAGCGCGUUUCACCUAUUCAAGUGCGAAGGUAGUGUGACGCGCGGGUAACUGUUAAAAAGAAAAAAAAAUGAACUCGGCAAGCCAUUAUUACAAUAUUAUUAUAAUCAAAAUGAAUUUUUCAGGGGUGAACUUCACUGUUUACGUGCAUUUUGCAGAUAUUUGAUUUUUUCUGCAAAAUAAUUUUUCCAUGAGUUAUAAAGCAAUUUUCUUUUUCGACAGAUAUUAUUUUUAUAAUAUAACGAAUAUUGUUUUUUUUUUUUUUUUUUUAACAAGCAUCAGUAUACAUUAUAUUUAUUGUAUAAUAAACUCGUCUUUUGUUAGAAAAUAAAUUAAUAAAUUAGUUCCGACAAGAAAAUUACAUAUAUAUUCUAUCCCUUUCUGUCAAGAGGAUUUUAAGCCGUGUGAACAAUAAUAAUAUAUACGUUAUAAAAAUUGUUUUCGGUCUAUUUUUUUUUCAUUUGGUCUUGUUUUAUCUGGCAUUAUAUUAACGUACAUUGAAAUUUCUCGCGAUCAAAAUACUACAUGUAUACACAAUACACAUUCGGAGAUGAUUACUAUCUCAAACAAAGUUCAAAUAUACAUAGCGCGCAAUUGAGACCAUCGAAACCGCAUGUAUACAAAAAGAAAAACACUUUCUCCUCCACCGCCGUUUGACUGCUGAAUACUGAUAAAUGAUAAGUGAUGUUCUAUAUUCACACCUUUAUUCGAGUAUUUUUCUUACCCGAUAUUCCCAUGUAAAACAUAUCCAUUGUCGUGUUCUCACACAUACUCGCGCACUAUUUACAUUUGCCAUACAAUAGAGCAAACGAUUUGUUUGAGUUUUUUUUUUUUUUUUCAAGACAAUUGCUACUCCAACAGAGACGAAGAAAUUUUUUCGUUACUAGAUUUCAUCGAUGGCUUGAUUUAAUUUUAGAUAACCAAAAUUGACGGAUUAGUUUUAAAUAUGAAAAGAAAAACCGUAUUUAGAUAUUAUAGGUAUAAUAAACAGUCGUCCGUUUUGAGAAUGGAUCCACAAGACCAUAUUUUGAGUGCCUGAACAGUUUACCGGUUCCGGGGUAUCAAUACAUCAAAAAUGCAAAGCCGUACAAAUUAUUAUCAAUCACAAUAAUAUUAUUUUCGUUGGUAGUUUUCAAUAAUGAACCGUAAACUAUAAUUCGUCUUGGCGUCUCGCCGUCAAUUAACCGUAUAAAGCAAUCAAAAACAAAUUAAUAUUGAUCAAUUGCCUUGACGAGAAAAAAACAGUUAUAAAAUAUAUAUAAUAUAAUACCAUAAUUGAUGAAUAUUUAUUAUUAUUUUAAUAAAAUGAAUACAAAAAAAAAAACGGUUUUGUAAAACAACGAACGUAAUCAAAAUGUAUAUUUUUAUUUGAAGGUUUUUCUUUAAAUAUUUUAAGCUCACGUGCAGUGAUUAUUAUAUAUAUUUUUGCUUAAUCCGUUCAUUUUUAUUUUUCACACUAUUCAUCACUUCUUCUUAUGACAAAUAAUCUUGAAGUCGAAUUUAACACAAAGAAGUAAAAAUAUGUCCUAGAAUAAUGGGGAUGGGUGCAGCCACAGUUAUAGGUAAUUUUAUGUUUAUCUGUUAGCAACGAUUAACCAUUACUAACGAAAAAACGAUUCUGAGUGAAGUUCAGUUGAUAGUGAUGCUUUGUCAACAACAUAUAAUAUAUAUAUAUAUAUAUGCCAUAUUAUAGUAAAUUAAUUAAACAGGCAUUAUAUAUUUUCUAUAAUAAUAUUUGUUCAAUGUUGUACCGAUUUUCCCGUUUUUCUUACGUUUUUCCCAAUUUUCCCAUGUUUUUCCUGGCCUUUCACAUUUGAUGUUUAUCAGUUAUUAUUUCUUUACGUCAAAACUGCUGAAUGAAUUAAUCUGAUACUUUUCAUAAAUCUAGUUAAAGACCAAGAAUAACAUAUAGUAUAAGUUUUAUACCGAAAUUCGACCCCCAAAAGGUUGCUGAUACUGAGUUUUUAGUAAUAUUGGAACGAAAACCGAAUUAUGUUUGAUGAUUUAUAGGUUACUAUGACGACACAAAUAAAAAAAAAACAGUUAUUAUUGAAGUAUCACUUAAAAAAUAAAUUACAGGGCAAUAAUGGUUAACUAUGAUAGGUACGGGGUGGAGACGAAGAGUUACGGGGAAAACACGUUUCUAUAUUUCCAUAUAUUUUUCCGUUAAAUACUGUGCACGGGCAAUGUCGUAUAUGGAACAGAUAAUCGUAUAUAUUUUUAUUAAUUAGUAGUGUGAAGAAAAUGUGUAAGUACGGAUAUAAAUAAGUACGAUAGUUAAAGCAGUGAUGUGGUAGAGAUUAAGUACAUCAAUAAUAUAUUUUCUCAUACCAUUAUUUAUAACGUGUGCGUUUAUUAUGCGAUGUAAACCCAUAUUUUUAGGGAAAAAAAAAUGAAAAAUAACUAAUAGGUGCCUAUCGAUAUUACGCGUGUAAAAAAAACGUCCACCGUACCUGUUUGUCUGUUAUACAAUGAUAAUAUAUGAUGCAUUUUUUUUUUUUUGGUAACUAUACGCUGAUAAAUACCGGUUUUGCAAUAUGAUUUAUUUAAAACUCAAAGUAUGAAAAGGUGAAUAGCGUGAACAAUAAUUAUGCAAUUACCAAGUAAAUUUGACAGGGAGCUUCUAUAUUUUACAGGUUCGUGCUAUAAAAUGUUAUCACUGUAUCUAUAUUUUAUGUUUCAAAAGUACAAUUUUAAUCGAGACUUGUUUACGUAAAACAUAUAUUAUAAGAAAAGAUAAGAUAUUCGGACUGAUGCCUUAUCAUGUGUCAAUCGCCGGAGAGACCUUCAGUUCCCAGCCCCACCCUGCCGGCAGAAAAAAAUACUGUUAUAAAAUCACCGUUACCAGUCACCACUGCCGUCCAUAGUUGCCGUAUCACCGGUAUCAAGUUAUAAUAUACUGGAUUGAGGUAGAAUUGCCUAUCGAGAUGUACAGUAUGAUGCGGUCCUAAUUAAAAUCACCGGCCUAUGUUUUUUUCAAACAUUUUAUAAUUAUCUUUUAUUUAUUCCGUGAUCCCCCAACUACCCCUAAAAAAAUAACCAGAAAAAUCAACAUAAAUAACAUUUUGAUAUGUUUUAAGCAAUAGCUUAUUAAAAUAGACAUCAUAAUCAUUCUACUUAUGUGAAUUAAACUGAAAAAUAUAAAUUUUCCCAAAAGAAAUUCAUGUAUUUUUCAUCCAUUAUAAUUAUGUCUAGCAUGUAUAUUAAACAUUUAAAUUAACAUCUAUACAUAUUUAAGUUUAUUUUUGAUUAUUAUAACAAUAUUUUAGUAGGAAUGAAUAAAUAAUACAACUUCAUAAUUGUGUUUCUACAUUUUACAACUAUUAUACAAUUAUUUCAAAUUAGAUACAAAUUGUAUUUUUAUGAGUAGCUUAUAUUUUUACAUAAUAUUACACAAAGUUCCGUAAAAAUAUCAAAUGAAUGCUUUUAUUAUUUAUAAUUAAAUAAUUGACAUACGUUUAAUUAAACACUAAUAUUUAUUUAAUCAACUACCUACUAAUGUAAUAAUUUUAAUUAGUCUAAAGUUUCAAUGAAUUGAAUAUUAAACUACUUUGUUGAGAUACAAUGUCAAUCAUCGAUUAAUUAACUCAUGACCGGCUCAUAUUUUGAGUGGCCCGCCGAGAUGUUAUCAUCGCUCAGCUCGCCGGCCUAAUCCGGACGUGAAUAAUUAACAUCUUAAUACCUAUUUGUUUUGUUUACUGUUCGUCCUUUUUUAUAACCUUUUAUCCAGCUCCUUCUUUGUGUCUCCUCCCUUAUCCAUGAGUAUUGAGUAUUUACUUUAUUUUACUAAUAGUCCGGUAACCCGACAAACGGAAAUUCGAAUUAUUUUUGUUUUGAACACCUAAAACCAAUUCCAAUUAAUAUAUAUAUACAUGUACAUGUAUAUGUAUACUAGCCGACCCGUCACGGCUUCACCCGUGAUUGGUUGUUUAAUUUGCCUUUGGAUAAUGAUAUAUAGAACUUUUUAAUCAAAUUCUAUCGUUUAAUAAUAUCGGCAAAUUAAUAUAAAAAAAAAAAAAAACGGUUAAUGAAAACGUAUUGAAAUGUUUCAAGCGGGAUUAAUGACAAAUAUAUUUUUACUAAAAAUGAAUGCAGAUACAAAAGAAAUGCUGAGUAAUUUACGGUUGAUAAAGAAUUUUAUAAAACUUCUGAGUAUAUGGCGUUUUUUGUUUUAUCUCCUGUUGAAAUUAAAAUCAUAAGAUGCUUCGGGUCCCCAGUUCGAGAAAAUCUCACGUAUAAUUGUCCAUGUGAAAAGCACUGUGUUCGAAGACCUACGCCAACGUACCUGUAUGUUUGACCUUGAGCUUUGUGUAUCGUGAUUGCCAAAGAAACUUUAACAGAGAAUUAAAACCGUUUGAACGGAAACGGCAAGUCCGACGGAAUCACGGGAAUUCUUGGAAUAAAUGCAAUUUCUCCUUUUGCCGGCCCCGUAAGAAUGACGGCUCCUAUAACACUAUUCUGCAACGAUUUUAUUUGUCAUCUUGUACCGUUACAUAACUUCGGUGGUUGAAGAUUACGUAAUAAUGUAAUCGGAGUACCAAUUUUUAAUUUUAGCUUAUGGAGAGGAAAUCCCGAAGGAGAAAGAGAAUUGAGAAAUUAUUGUAGAUAUAAAUAUAUAAAGAUAUAGAUAAAGAUUAAUACGAAUAUUCGGUAUACAUGUUGUUUGGUGUGCGUGCGAUAAACUUCUCGGAACAAUUCGUACCUACACGCCGAUGUCAAACACGAUACAAAAAAAAGGUCAAGUUACAGGUAGCUGUAAACCCGCGACCCGCCGUGCCGCACAAUAUAGGUACAAUUGUUUUUAAUUUUUUAUGAACUUUUAUGAACUUUUUUACUGACAAAAGUGAUACUAUAACCUUCAGCAGAGUGUCGGGUUUCAGCCAAAAAAAAUUUCAGCCAAAUCGGUCCAGUAGUUUUCUCGGUUAGCGCGGUCGUAGAAAACCCCUUACAAUUUUAUAUAAUAGUAUAGAUACUGUUCACAAAAUAACAAAAAAAAAAAAGUAUAAUUAAUUGAGUUUCAGUAUGCUCUUAUUACUGGUUAUUGUGUUAUAAUUAUUAAAUUGUGAUUAAUAAACUUUCAUGUUUGCAAAUAUAGUGUUAUUUUAUCUACACAAAGUUGUUACUGCUGAACGCAAAUUUUGUACGACAUAUAAUGUUUGUGAGAUGAAGACAGCACAUGUGGGUACGACGUCCAAUUAAGUCCCAAGUAAAUUUCAAAUUUUCUACAAAUUUGCAUGCACUUUUUAAGACAUUUUAAAAACAUUCAUUUCAGAUGUUUACUAAAGGUUCAACAUUCGUUCGUUGUUUCCCAAAAAACCGUCUAAAAAAAUUAACGGGUUUACAUUUUUGUUUUGUUUUGUUUUUUUUUUUUAAAUAAAAUUACCGUUGAUCUUAAGCUAGAUUCAGUUUUAAAACUAUACGGUGAUUGGACUUUAUGUUUUCGGUCUAUCUCUUUACCUAAUGCAUUAAGACGGUUUGGUUUUCCGCAGUUUUUCACCUUACUAUUAAGAAAAUUUCAAAUGCAUUUUACGCUUUUUUAAGAUUUUAAAUAAUGAUUUAUUUAAAGAUUUUUAGUUCAUAAAAUACAAAGGCCUCAUGUAGUAUAAUGAUGUACUAAUAAUUUCGAAUAAUCGUCCGAGGUUACUGACCGACUGAAAACCAUCAAAUAAAAUAUACAAUUUGAUUUUAGAUAGUGGCUUAUAGUAGUAAUAGUUUACGUUAUUUUUCUUUCAAAAACGUACUACAGAUAGAACAUUAUGAUAGGUACUAAACAAUUCGAGUUUCCUGGAUGGAAUAUUAUGAUGGAACAAUGAAAAUUACGCUAUUGUGAUAACUGAAGCGGUGGGCUGUCGUGGAACAAGGACACCGGUAGGUAUACGCGUAUUUUACCUUAUAUAGGUAAAGUCGUAUACCUAUACUGGUAAAAGCAUAAUGAUGAAAAGAAUACCUAAUACGUAUAAUGUUAUAAAUUAUUAAUUUUUGGUAUUGUACACAGAGAGUCCCGACACACUCUACACGAGAUUCGUCCGUGUCAACAGUCAACAUGUAGUAAACUACAAAAAAAAAAGAAUCAUAUUUUGAUAAAUAUUUCCAAUUAAGUAUUGUAUAUAAAGUCGAUCGUAGAUACGAUUAAAUUUUUAAACCAAUAUCUAUAUCGGCUUGUUUGUGAGUUUCUUUACGUUUCGUACCUAUAUGUGUUUGUUUCAUCGUCUCGUCGUCGUCACAUACAUACAGAUUUAGUAAUUUUGUUAACAAGACUAGAUUUUUAUUCCUCGUUACAUAAUACAUAAUAUAUUGAUCGAGUACUAUGCAUAAUAUUGCAUUGUCAUUAUAAUAUUGUUGUACUCGUCACAAGUAAAGACGACCCCCAGAAAAUCGUCCCUCCUUUAUAAAUAAAUGACAUAGUGUAAAAUAUUAUUAAACUAUACAACAUAUUCUUCAAGUGUGAAAAAGAUAGGCGAUACACAAAAGUAAUUUUCUCAGCAUCAACAUUUUUAUUUAAAGAUGUCGACAUUGAACAAUGAACAAAAAUAAUAAUAGGAGAUUAAACAACAAAAAAAAAGUAACGGAAAUGUAGUACAACUGAGUAGGAUGUGCAGUGAGAAAUGAAAGAAAGAACAAAUUGAGACGGCAUGUGGAGUAAAUUCGAAGAUACGGAAAUACGGAAGCCGGAGGGUGGGAAUAAAAAUAGUCGAUAAAGUGAUUAAAAAGCGAAGGAGAAUAAAACGUCGGCCAUAAUAUGUUAUGCUAUCUGAAUUAUAUCGCGGGUUUUGUUAUUUUCAAUAAAUAAAAAAUCGUCCUAGGAUAAUGGGGAUGGGUGCGGCCACUGAUAUGAGUAAUUUCAUGUAUACCUAUAAGCAACGAUAAACCAUUGCUUACAAAAAACGAUUCUGAGCGGAGUUCAAUUGACAAUGAUGCUUUGUCAACAAUAUAUAUGCCAUAUUAUAAUUAGUAAAAUAAUUAAAUAGACUUUAUAUACUUUCUUUAUUAAUAUGUGUUUAAUAUUGUACUGAUUCUCCCAGUUUCCCUAUAUUUUUCCCGGUUUUUCAAAUUUGAUGAGAAAACUCCAGAGAGCAUCGAAAAACGACCUCUCUAAAGUACCUUCUCAGUGAAAUUUAAUUUUAGAAAACUGCUAUCAUUAUGAGUUGAAGCAAAAUUGCUGGUAGAAAAGUUUUCUACGGGAAAAUAAAACGUAAUAUUAUAUAUAUAUAUAUAUAUAUUUCGUACAUUUUCCUGAGUUUUUUUUUUCGGUUUUUCUUAUUUGAUGAGAAAACUCUUAAGAAAAUCGAAAAACUACCUCCUUAGAAUACCUCUCCACAUUGAUUUCCUUUCAGAAAAGGUGCUACACAUAAAAAUCGAAGCAAGGUUUCUAGUAUAAAAAUUGUCCACAGAACAAAAAAAAUAAAUAAUAAUAAAAAUCUUUGUAAAACCAUAAACUUUUUCGCUCAACUCAGAAUCUAAAAUAUUUUUGAAAAACAUAUACCAUAUAUAUACACACAAUAACAUAACAUUUAUAUUUGUUUUUAUCGAUAGUUUCUAUGGAUAGAAAAAUGUCAUUUAUGCGCCUUAUAUAAGUUUUAAAUAUUAAUAUUAAUUAAAUAUAAUACGAAAUUAAUAUUAAUUAACAUUAUUAACUCGAUGAGUUCGGUGUUUACUAACGCGGUCAAAAUCAAAAAAUACAUACUAGUUGCGAUCACUCAACUAUUAUUGGUUUACAUAUAUAAUAAGGGCGGAAUAAUAGAUAUCCAUUACUUUUUUGUAUUGCCAUAUUAUAUUUCAUUUAUAUUAUUUUAUUGACAACGAUUUAUUAAUCAACGUUCUAUUUUUCAUUAAUAUCUCAAAAAUAAUAUACUUGGAUUGUCUACACUUUUAUUUAUUGUGUAGGUAUAGUAAAAAUAUUGAUUUUUUUUUUCUGAAAAAGUAUUACAAAUUUAAAAUGUAAACGUAUUUGAAACACCCACUAUUAUGUUGUAUUUAAAAUUCUGCAGACAUAAAUUUGAAAGAAAUCGACUUCAAAUACUCAAGCCGAUUAAUUCCCAACUGUGUACAAAUAAGUAGCGGUAUUUCCACAUAUAUGUUAUGCUAUUCCAUACAUGUAUUAAAAUAUGUUUAUAGAAUUAUUCGGAUAUUUUAACGCGUUACCGCAAUUCGGAUAUACACAUACACUGUAAAUGAAAUAACCGCAACUCGUAUGCUAUCUGUUUAUCAUAAAAAUCGCCAAUGACUACAACUCGUAUUAUGCAACUGAUUAGUCUCUCCUGGUAGUCCGACUAAAAAGUGGCCAUCCAACCCCAUUUAAAAAUCGUAAUAAUUUUCCCGGAGGAAAUAACGCUACAAAAAAUCACCAUUAGGUAUUAUUCGCCAGAAAUGAUGUCUGGUAUUUUGUUUAUAUUAUAAUAGUAAAAUAAUAUUAUUUUCUUAUCUCCGGCAUCACUAAUCACUUAAAUUCCUAAGAGAUACUUAACUAUAUACAAACAUUUAGGACUAUAUUUAUGUGCCUAUAUCUAAUGUUAAUAUAUUUUUUACACUCUUCUUUAUUCUUAUCUUACAGUUAUGUAUUAUAAUAUUGUUAAACGAUUUAUCAAAUGUAUUAUCUAGUUAAGUCGAAAUUCCUGUAGCCAAUGGCCCAAGCCGCCGAGGCAGAUAAAGUCAAUUAUAAAAAAACUUACAAUUAUAUUAUAGUAUAACAAUAAUAUCAGCUAACAGUUAAUGUUUUUCUGUCCUUUUUAAAAUGGAUAAUCUGUGUAGUAUUUGCAAUAUGUUUGGUGUAAAAUAAUCACACCGACGUAAAAUUGCACAUGUAAAUUAUUUGUAAUAAUUGUUUCUAAGUUAGAUAUAAACAAAUAUACAGACCAACAAAUAAAAGUUUUAAACAAUGAUAUUAAGUUAACAUCUAUAGUAUUUUUCUUUUCAUUUCUGCAUAUCCUGCGAAAAAAUCCUUCGCACGCCUAUGCCUGUGUCUUACAUCGCGCGAAUCUAUGCCAAAAAUAAUCCCCUCAUCAUCAGUGUUAAAAAUCUAGUCAGUUUUUCUAGAAGAGAGGACAUUUUUAUGUUAACUAUCUAUAUAAUAUACAAAUUUAAUUGAUAUUUCCUAACCGCUUUAUCAUCGAUCGGCCCGAACAGCUGCAGGGUUUAAAAAAAAUCGAAAUUUAGCACAGAGAAUUAUUAUAUGUCGUAUAAUGAUAAUAUAUACAAUUAUCAGAUACUAUUACUAUCAUAAUUUUUUUUAAUCAGCCAAAAACCUAUAAUAUUAUUUCAAAAUACUCUUCAAAAUUUUACCGCCCGGGACCCUAUCCCCCUCUGCUUACCUAAAUACGUCACUGCACGUGCGUCCAAGGUUUAUAUCGAUAUAUCUUUUACGUGGUAUACGUUCAGUAUUCAUUUAUUAUAUUUUUUUUUGUCAAAUAAAUUAUUUUAUCAAUUUAUAUAAGGACAAUAUGUUGGCGUUCGCUGACGCUGACGACGACGUCAUGCCGACAAUAAUAAUACCGCAGUUAUAUAGUAUGUAUAACGUCUGAGAGGCAUGUCCAUUGUUGGCACAAACGCCAUAGCAUUCGUGUCGCAUAAGAGUUGCACGGUUAUAGAUGGCUUUUUGGUUUACCUAUAUGUGUGUGUUGUGUGUGUUGGUACUACAACGACAGUCAAGUACACGAUUUUAUUUUGACCAGAGCCUCGAACAAAUAAUAUUAUUAUUUAUGGCACAAUGCGAACAAAUUUCAAACCACAUCCGCGGACGCCGCUACCGCAUUUAUAAUAAUUUCAUAGUUUUAUAAUAAUGUAUACAAAUAUCUUAAACGAACAUCGUUCCGCAAUAAUUCUUUUCGAUAUUAUACAGUAUAAGUCUUAUUGAUUUGUUGUGGAAGUCGGGACUCGUUUGGCAUCAAUUCUCGUUAAAAAUUCACUGUUUUACUGAGAAAUUAUCGUAAUAUUAUGGAAAAUUCGUUUGGUAUUUUCUCUGGCUUUUUCCUACAUGAUUUAAAAAAAAAAAAAAAAAAACAGUAAUUUCUAUCCCGCAAACGUCGCGUUCGACGUGCGGAUAUAAUGAACAUUUUUUUUUCUAUCUAUAUACCCGUGGACAAUAACAAUAAUAGUGCGACGUUGUUAUAUACGCGAACACGGGGGAGGAGUUACUCCAUUGUUUCGUAUAGGUAAAACAAAAUAAUAAUAAAAAACAACUACUAUAGCCUAUAGUUACUACAGUGGGUGUACGACGUACACUGUACGUAUCACAUCAUAACCUAACCGCGGUAUGUACAGUGAGAUGUUUUAGUUUUGUUGUACAAUAAUAUUAUACCGGACGAAACGUGAAAAAUAUUUAGUAAAAAGAUAUGCCGCAGAUAAUGAUGAAAAUCGGAGAGUUCUAGAUUCAUCGUAAAAAAAUACACACGACAGUUUUUUUUUUUUUUAUCGUGGUAUAGGUAAUAAUAAAAUUAUAUUAUUCGAGAGUGCCGGUGGGCUACCCUCAAAACAUCAAAAUAGAACUGUGAAGUUUCGGACGGGGUAAAAUAAGAACAAAUAUUGAUAAGCCCUCCACCCUUUCAAAAUUUUAUUUGAAAAUUGCUCUUGUUUGGCGUUUCAAGUGUGAAAGACUCGUACAGGUUAGGUGAGGAAGCGUGGAGUUUUAUUAAAUACAGGGUGCAGCGUAAUGGAUUGUGAUGAAUUCUAAAAAAUAACGGUACAAUUUAUUAUGAAUAAAUUUUUAUUUAUUGAAAGUAUGUACAUAUUAUACUACCUACCAGUUUUUUUUUUUUUUUUUUUUUUAAAAAAUUAGGAUAUUAAACUUAUAUCUUCCAAAUAUUGAUCUUUGCAGAUGAUGCACAUAUUAUGGAGCCGUUUGGAAGUUUUCCAACACUCUUUUUGAAUUGCCUCCUCGGUGCACUAUUGUCUCUUGGUAACUCUCGGUCAACUUCUAUGAUGGUACCAUACGAAUACCUUAUAAACUUCCAGGAACUGCUCUAUAUUUGCACUGUACAUCAAUAUUAACAUUUGAAAGAUAUAAUUUCUUAUGCUUACCUAAUUAAAAAAAAAAAAAAAACAUAAAUUACAGUACAUACCAGGUGAUUCAUUUAAGAUGGGUACACUUAUUAUCUCGGAAAGUAUUGACUUUUUUGGGGAUUAUUUUUUUAGAAUAUUUAAAAAACAAGAUGCUCCACAGUUUUAUAUUUGUGUUAUUUUUUGUCGCCCUUAUUUUUGGGAGUAAAACAACUACUUACUUUUGAUUUUUAAAUGACAACCUGUUUAAAAAGUCCAUAAAUAGAUUGAGUAUUAGUUAAAAUAAAUUCCAGUGUUAAAAUUUUUUAUUUCUGUCAAGCCGUUGACGAGAUAUUUUACUUUUAAUUUUUGGUUGGAGGAGAGUAGUGGUGCAUUAUUAACAAGCUGCGCGCCGUACAGCUACACUAAUGAUUCUCCACCACUUUCCUUCAAGGGUGACAAAAAAUAACACAAAUAAAAAAUUGCGGAACAUCUUGUUCUUUAAAUAUUCUAGAAAACAAAUGCUGGAAAAAGUUAGUACUUUCCGAGAUAAUGAGUGUACACACUUAAAUGAAUCACCUGGUGCUUCCAAAAAAUAAACUCUUUGUUUUUCAUAUUUUGUACAUGUUUGUUUUCUAGUAUUUACCUCAGGAAUGAAGGAGUCUAUUACGCUGCACCCGUGUACCUUAUGUUUAAUUUUUUCGAAAACUCGUUUGUUUGUUUUUACCAUAUUUUAAAGUUUGUGAUUAUCACUAUUUAUUUACCGUCACUACUGCGUCAAUUCAUUUUGCAGUUACUAUUGAGCACGCCGUAAGAUAUUUCUUAUCAAUUAAAAGAAAGACACUUCGUGGGGUAUUUGACCCUUCUCGUUAUCGCGCCUCGUUGUGUAACCAGUAUAAUAUUAUCUUUAAUCGUCCUAUAUAAAUUAUUAUUUUAUGGGCAGUAGACCAUAGGCACGCGCAGACUUUUUCCACAGGGGAUGCAUAUUUCAAAAUAGACGAAUUUUUAAUUAUAUACCUUUAUAAAGACAUAAAUCAGAAUUUUUUUUUGAAAAUUAUUUUUAUACAACUAUAAAGUUCACAACAAUAGUCAAUAUGUACUAUAGUAAAAGUUAUAAUAGUAUAGAUUAUUUUUGCGUGAAUGUCAAAAAUAAUCAGAUUGCUCUGUGGUUAUUGGUUAUUCGCAACUCUACAAGGUAACGUGAAAAGUUACGCGACCGGCGUCGAUGUGAAAUCCUGAUUCUUAACUCUUAUUAUCACUAAAAUGUACUUGAUGAAAAUCACGAUUAAAGAUAUUUUAUCUAUAUAGCCAUGAUGAAAAUUAGAAAAAAAAAAACAGCGCAAGUCAACUGUCAAAAUUUUUUAACUGAUUACUGUUUACAACAAGAUUUACAAAAUACCUCACUAAAUAGUAAUAAAAGAACAAAAACUGCUCCACUGACCGUAAGAGAUGCCGUGGCAUACUCAGCAUCCCCCCUGCGCACGCCUAUCACGGCAGUAACACGAUCAUUUUUACUGUGCGGCGGGGAAGAAACAAAAACAAAAAAAAAAAAUACCAUCAGUUAUUGUUGUCGUCGUCGUAAUACGCUAUUAUAAUACGUACCUAGCUAUUAUAAUACACAGACGAAAUGCACACGCACGCCGAUCUCACCCCGUAUAUCAUACACUAUAAUAUAAUAUAGGUAUACCAGCGUAUUUAUAAUACACCACACGUUAUGUAUACGUAUAAAUAAAUUUGUAUGUGUAAUUUUUUUUUUUUUCUAUAUAAUAAGACCGGAUAGUCAUUAUACGCUGGUGCAUGCGCGUGCGAGCGUAUUUCACUUAAUACGAGACGUGUAAAAUGUUAUUAUAGAAGGGCUCCGCGUUCAAAGUCUCGACCUUAUACGGCGCGGAGGCGUGUAAAAACGAUGCCGCCACCGCCGACGUGAAACUAUACGUAAAUGGAAUUAUUAUGUACACCCGUUCGUAUUAUAGGUACCUAUACAAUAUAAUAAUAAUACUAAUAUUGUGUAACGUCUUCGUUCGUCACCGUCGCGCCAUUAUCUAUAGCUGGCAUAAGUUUAUAAUAAUGUUUAAUUUUUUCUCUUUCUCUCUCUCUCUCUCUCUCUCUCUCUCUCUCUCUCCGAACCGUGGUGUUUUUUCGGACGACGACGGCGUCUUGUGUCGAGGAGGACACACACACGCCUAUAUUAUAUAUUAUACGACCUACGUACACAAUAUUAUUGACGACGACUUUUUAGCGUCGUCCCACGCGCGGUGCGAUCGCGGUGGAAGGUACCCGAAACACUCCUUUAUACGGCGUGCAGUGUACGGCGCAUCACUCUCCGUUUUGCAGGCCCGGCGAACGUAACGGAGCAGAAACGAAAACAAUAUUACGCUCGUAGUUUUUCGGUUGGUCUUUAUUAGAUUUCGUGCGCGCAGUCAUGAAUAUGAUUGAUUUUACACCGUUGUUUAUUUAUUCAUUUUUUUUUUAUCUGUGAACAACUUUUCUUCUAGACAUUUCGCUCCGGUUUCCAAGUGUGGCGCUUUUUUACUGAAAGGAAAUCGGUGUGUGGAAGUACUUUAAAGAGGUCAUUUUUCUCAACGUUUUCUCAUCAAAUGUGAAAAACCGAAAAAAAAAAGGAGGAAACAUGGGAAAAUGUACGAAAUUAUUAUUAAGUAUUAGUUGAACAAAAUAUUUCAGAAUUCUUUUUUCUCAUGAACAAUUUUCCCACCAGCAAUUUCGGAAAAUUGACUGGGGUGGUACCUUAAGCAGGUCAUUUUUAUUUACUUAAAAAUAUUCGCAGGGCCUUGAAAUUCUGAUAGGAAACUUAUAAUAGCCUUUUAUAGACGUGGUCAAAUUAUCAAAAUAUUAUAAAAAUAUUUUUGAUCUAUUUAUAGGCACUAUUAAUUAUCUAGUUAUUUUACGUAGUUUUUCUUUACUAGGUACUAUAUGAGUAAAAUAUCGUUAGACCAAAAAGGAAUUCUUGAAAAUUUAACUUUAGGAUCAUUAAUAUAAAUUUUACUUGGUGGUUAAAAAAAAAAAACUGAGAGCAAUGUAGUAGAUUUGUAUAAUUGUUUUAAGGUCAAAUCGUAAAGGGCAUUUAACAAUAUCUAUAACUGAACUUCGUUCAGAAUCGUAUUUUGCUAACGAUUUAUUUUUGCUUACAAAUAAAAAUUAAAUAACUUUACAUGUAUCAUUUCUUUCCGACUUCCAACCUACAACAGUGGCGCACCCAUCAGCAGCGUAUCAGCUUUUUUAGAUUUCGAGCAUAGCGAGAGAGCUAUUGGUUUUACUAAGAUGUUUAUUUGUUUCUCCUUGUUUCAGUCUGUGGAUACGUUUUUUCUUAGUAAAGUUGCUCCGAUUUUUACGUGCAGCAACUUUUUUGCUACUUGUGCUUUGCAAGCUCAAGUUGUCUAGAUGGUACUUUAAAGAGAUUAUUUGAUUUUUGACACCAUUUUUUUAAAUAAAAGAUUUCAGGAUUUUAAUUUUUGGGAGUAUUUUUACUUUAACUCGGUUAUAAAUACAUGUAUAGACUUGAAACUUAGUAAUAAUACUUAUAUUAGACUUACCUAGACGUGGUAAAAUUUUCAAAAUCAUCGGACUUUAUUUUUUUUUUUUGUACUGUAGACCACUUUUAUUCUAGAAAACUCGCUCCGAUGUAUAAGUGUAACACCUUUUCUGAAAGUCAAUUUUAUCUACUUGGUAAAUACAUAGGUAAUUUUUUGAUUUUCGGAACGGUAUUUAAAAUAAAAAGGACUAACUGGGAAAAAAAACGAUUUUUUCACGAUUUCGUUAUUUUGAAUAAGUACCUACCACAUUUUCUAGCACAAAUAUGCCACAGUGACAACACUCAUUUCAUAUAUCAGCUUUUUUUUUUACUUCAUAUGUUUGCCACAAAAAUUGACACAUUUUUAUCGGAUUAUCAAUACUUACAUAUUGUAAUGCAAUCAAUAAUGCUUAAAAAAACAUUUUCUACUCGAAAAAAAAAAUAAACGAACAAUAGCAUAAAAAUAAGAUUUAAAUAUAUACCUACACAUCUUAUUCAAACAGCUCUAGCCGAUACAUAAAUUAACUUGUUAAUUUAAAUUGUAAUUUAUAGUAAUACAUUUUUUUUUUUUAGACAUUUAAAUUCAAACUGUUGACAAAAAUGCGUUAAAAAUAAGAACAAAAAAUUAAUGCAAUUUUCAAUUUAAAUUUAUCAAUAAAUAUUAAAUAUUUAACCACGAAUUCUGCUCUGGAUCGUUUUCGUUUGCAAGAGUUUGUAUUGCUGCUCACUCAUAUUUUAUAAAAUUAAUUUCCCCGUAAUCUGUAUUAUAACCUCUUACCUCUCUAUCCCACAUUUUUUUCCUUCUUCUAUCGUUUUAGUUCGAGUCGUAAUAACUGUUAUAGCUAACGCAAUAAGAACUGAAUUAACCGUAAACAUGUAAUCAUAUAUUAUCCUGUGCGACUGAACCGCAGUCGAUUUAUGCCACUGCACGUGCCCCACUGCGGUUGUUGUCCGGAACGAGAAUAAGUAAUGUGCACCUAUUAUUAAUAAAAAAAGGAAAAAAAAAACGAGAAAGAAAAAUAUCCUCUUUGUCGGGCUUGUGACGUGUAUAAUACGAAACGCGUUGGUGAUGUUAAUUAUUAUUAGUUCGAGCACGGUUGAUAUAAAAUUAAAUAAUAUCACGUCGUUAAACGUAUUAUAAUAUUAUAUACAGUUUUUAUAAAAAAAUAAGAGGAACAAUGUGGUAUCCAUUUAACCAUAAAUAAAUUGUAAAGAAAAAUGCCUGAAACACGCCGUAUCAUUUGAUUGUCUAUUAUACUAUACUACUAUACUCAGUGGUAAAAAAAAGUGAUAACUUAUGAAUACAAAAUAAAUUUCCAUAUCAUUCGCAUUUUUAAAUGAUUUUUAUCAUAAAUCGGAACUUUGUCGUAUACACAUUUUAAAAAUUAAAAAAUCACGUUGGUAUUUUACGAAGUAAAAGUUUGUAUCAAAUUUUCGAACGAGCGUUCGUUUUAUAAAUUGUUAUGUGUAUAAAACUAAAAAAACUAAAAUAGUCAAGAAUUUCAAGUAAUUAUAAAUGAUAGAUAAUAGAUGAAAACAAUCAAUAAAUCAAAUCACUCUAACUAAUACAUGGUAUUAAUCUUAAAUUGUUUUAUGAAAUAAAAUGUGUGUCCCCUGAAAUCUUAUGUAUUUAGGCCCUAAAAGAAAGCUCACAUCACAUUGGAUUUUUGAGCAUAUUUAGGAGUAAAUGGGGGAGGUGUGACUUUGAUCCCCUGGAUCCACCGCAAUCGUAUAGACAAUAUUAUGUUCAUAGUAUUAUUAUAAUAAUGCACAUUAAAGGCAAUUGUAUGUACGGUUGUGGUUGUGGUACCCGCAGAAAUAUAAACUGAAGGGGCAAAAGUCAAAAGUAUAAGACUUUUUUCACUACAAGUAAUCAUAACUUAAAUAUUUAAGCCGUGUAAAUAACAAAAAAAUUAAUAUUUAAUAUUAACUAAAAUAGCGGGGGGGUCAUGGCCUCCACCGACACCCCUCUGCGGGUGCCUUUGAGUUUGUUAUUCUUAAGAUCACUUUAAAUUACUAUACAGUUCAAUACUCAAUAAUAUUUAAUAGUCCAUUUAAUACGAUCCAAAUACUUCUUAUGCAGGAUUUACAUUUAAGUAACAACAUUACAUUUGAAACCAUUGUAGAAGCAUAGGAACCAGUUUUCAUUUGGAAUGCAAUAUAAUAAUAAACAUAAUAUUAUCAUCUAUCAAAGAUAAAAUCAAGACAUUUUCUAACAUGCUAAUAUACUAGAGCUGCGUACUAUACCAGUUGCUAAACAACUUUUUGUCAGCUCGCAAAAAAAACAUUAGGAGUCACCUGCAGGGGUAGAUUGGAAUACAGAUUCAUGCCGAGAAAUUUGUACGUAUGCCGACCAUUCACCAUUCACCAUUCAAUUUGAAAAAAAUUGUUUUUCAUAAAAGACAUAAUAUAUAAUACAGUGUGUAUUAUAGUGUGUCCAGAAUUCUAUGUUACAGCAAUUUCUUCUAUACAUAUACAAAAUAGAGAAUAAUGUAUGAUGAAAUAUUUUUAUUAAAUAAUGGAGUCUAAAAUUAUAUGAGAGAAUAAUAAAUUUUAGUCAUUCUUGGGGGGGGGGGGAAUUUGCCAUUUGAAAUUGAUGCAUGCUUCAGAGUCGGUAAAUCGUCUGAAAUUUGUAAACAAAAACAACAUAUUUUUUCUUUCUUUCAUUAUAUUUCACAUAUUCAUAGUAACAUAAGGCAGGAUAUUAAAUUGAAGGAUGUGUUUUCUAGAUGAAUCUAUGCUAGAUUACUUUUAUUUACUAUCGCGUUCAGUUCAUUUAAGAUAUAGAUUGAGCUACAAAGCGUGAUUGGGUUCAGUUAGUAAUAUAUUGUUGUUUUUUAACGGACAAAUAAUAUUAAAAAAUUAAUUAUAGUCACUAGACAUAUAAUAUAUUAUAAUAGUUUUUUAUAAUGACGUUAUACUCACCGUUUCAAAGAUGACGUUUUGUCGUAUUAAAGUUAUACCUAAAUUAUGAGAAAAAUAAUUCAGUAUAAAUAAUAAGCGUUCGAACACAUAGUCCUUCACGUAAAAAUGUUAAGAAAAUUAUGGUUCAACUUGAAGAUUACUAGUGGUACCUGUGACUUUUCACUUCAUUACUUGACAGAAACAUUAGCCGGCCAUAGAUGUUUCCAAACGUCUAUAAAAUGAAUAUGGCCCAAAACCACCACUGUUUUUCUAUGUGAUUGCGAUUACGAUACUACCGAAAAUACUCUUGGGUCGAAGAGAAAAGAAAUAUCAGAAGGAGAGCCUGGAUUAUAGCGUCUGCCCAGCGCUUGGAGGAACAUGCUUUCCUCGGUCGAAAACAUCCCGUAAUGAAAGGAAGACCUAGAGCGGACUAAGUCAGUGGAGGAAAAACGAUUGUAGAGGAUUUUGUAGGGGUAUAACAAGAGCCGAUUCACUAUAUCUCAGCUCUUUUCCCUACGAAGCUGUGCUUUUCUGUCAUUGUUAUUGUUUUGUUAUUACCUAAUAAACGAUUAGGACUGAAAGAAAGAAAUGAGAACCUAUUGUUUUCCUUCGGUCCAUGGUUUAAACGAAAAAAAAAAUAUAUUUUACUUAUUAUACUGUCUGUACUUUUUUCACUGUAGGUACUAUAAGUUUUCAAUAUUUUUUCGGAAGAAGACCCUUUUUUUAUCGUCUAACGACUUCCAUCGCUGAGAGUUUCAUUUCGACCGAUGGCUAUUUUUUUAAUAGUCUAUUCAGUAAUCGGUAACGUUAUUUUAUAAUUUCUAUUUUAAAUCUCCGAACCGAGUUCGCUGCCACGACGGGUAAUGGGUAUACAAUAUACAUAAUAUAAGUAUAUCUACUUAAGUGCGCAAUAUGCUAUCUAAUUAAUUUGUAUUCAACUCGUAGCUCAUCCGGAAUCACACACUUGUACACACAUAUGGAACUCACGAACAUGUAGUAAAAACAUAAAAGACCGUUUUCGUAUAAUAUAUAUAUUUUUAUUUUUUUACUUAAAACAGACGUCGGCAAUACAAAAACGAAUAAAUAAUCGCAUAAAAGCCGUUUAAAAUUUCGGGAAGGUUAGGAUAAGACUGAAUAAAAUAUCCAUGUAUCGUCACAUCCAUUUUACAAAAGUUUAAAUUAAUUCAUGCGUGACUUUUAACCGUUAUAAAGUAUCAACAAUACUGUAAGUUAAUUGCAAUUAAUAGAUACUGAUUGGAUCGGGUACUUAUGUCUGAGCGACUGUGCCUACAUUUUCAGUUAUUAUAGCUAAUUCAUCCAAAAACAUUCACACACGCCGUAUAAUAUCUAACUUGAAAGAUUAUAUGGAUGUUCGGAGCCUAAGAAAUUAUUCAGAUACUUUUAGUUUGAAAGGUUUUACCGAUAUUCUGGAUCGGGUUUUAUGAAAAAUUAAAAAAAAGAAACUGAAACCGUUAAGGUAAAAAUCUAUAAAUAGCAUGCAUGAUUAUAGAUAUAAAUGGCUAUACUCAAUGAGUGAAAUGAUAAGGUGGUUCCCCAAAUGUCUUCAUGUUAUUAGAAUUAUAGAGUGGUGCGUUGAUAGAGGCAAUCUACAAGCAAUUUAUCAGAACAGUUCUAGGAUUUAAAUCAAGGUGGAUUAAUCUACUUAGAUUUAUAAUAUGAUAAUUUAUUAUUUUAUUACUCUUAUACAUUUUACUUUUAUAGGAGCACAUCGACUAAUUUUGUAAAAAAGAACAUUUGGGUUCAACGAGUUAUUUUUAUAUUAUUACGGCCUGUCAUAACAAGUAAAGAUCUGCCACAUUGAACAUGUUAUUUGAUAGAUCACGAAGGCAAAUUAUUGCACAAAUACAAAAUAAGAUUUUGUUCGAAAAAGAAAAAAAAUGUUUUGUCAAAAUAUAAACAGUAACUAUAAAUAAUAUUCAUAUACACAAUACUGCAGCAACUCUUAAGUUGUUGUAUACCUACCUGGAGUCCUGUAAAUUGUUUAUAAAUAAUAAUAAAAUACGUCACGAAGACGAAAUAUUACAAUACCGAAUGUUCCGCGUUAUUAUAAUGUUAAGGAACGUUUAUUUUUGUUUCCCUUAAACAAAAAAAAUCUAUUAUUAUUUCACAAAAAGAAAAAAAUAUAUAUAAUAAUAAUAUUAUCAAAUUAACCCCGAAUAAAAUUUAAAACGCUUAUAGAUAUAGCAAUAAUAAACGCAUCGUAUAGUAUACGAUCAUUAACCACGAAUCGGCCGGGUAGGCACUUAAAAAAUUAUUCUAAUAAAUUUCAAAAGCACUUGCAGUAUUUACUUAACCGUAAAGACGUGGUUCGCUCCCUUGCCUACGUUAAUUGGUUGGAAUCAAUGCGUGAACGAAUUUCAUUCGAGUCCGAGAGAAAAUGUUAAUUUAAUUAUAUAAUAACGGUCUUUGUGUUAGAUACGUCGGUAUAGGUACGUAGCCGUAGGUACAAAGUUAUAAUAACGUCUAUAUAAUAUUAUAAAAUUGCGGACGAUUUGCAAUUUAGAUCGAAGAAUUCCAGUAGUUUUUUUUUUAAGAGAAAAAAAAGAUUUGCAGUGCUUCAGUCCGCAGUAAUCAUACGACCGUAGUAUAAUACGAUGUUUUUUCUUUAUAGAAAAUGUAAAAAUACAUUUUUCUUUAUAUAAUAUGUGUUAUUGUUAUAAUUCAAUAAAUGUAUAAUAACUAGUUGGUAAAUCGUUUAAAAUGUCUUAACAUUUUCAAUAACAAUUGGCGAUUACACAAACAAACUACAAACCGAUCACUCUGGUGAAUGUAAAUCAAUUUAUCAUUCUAACCAACUACAUUAUGAAUCUAUAAGUGUCAGAAUUAUUUGGUUAGUUUGAUAAACGUUUAUCUUUACACUGCGCAUGAUAAAAUAAACAUUAAUAAAACAAAAAAAAUACCUAUACUUACAUUAUACAUUUUUCAUUAAAAAUCGUCGUUUGUAAUAUGAUUUAGAUUAGUGUUAUUAUUAAUAUAAUCUUAUUACCUAUAUAUUAAGUAUUACGAUAAAAUAGUAAUACCUAUAUUAAAAAAAAAAAAAACUGAACGCUUCAUCAUCAUAAUAUUGCUAAUGCAAUAUUACACAAACCAUUUUCGUUUGUAGGUAACCUAUAAGAACGAAUUAUAAACGAUAUGAAAUAAACAAUAAUAUUAUUAAUAAACGUGUAUCUACCUAAAUUAAAGUGCUCACAGACCAGAGCGGUAACAAUUGAUUGAUGGGACAAUUAAAUUGGGUCCCAAAUACAGGUAAUCGAUAUUUUACCCUUCAAAAAUACUUUUGAAUAGGCUCCUCUCACGAAUUUACUAUUUAAUUGGCUCCUUCUACGCCUUUUUUUUUUUUUAAAGAUAUAUUGGUUACCAAAAUGUUAUUAAUUAUUUAUGAGUUUAGUAUGAAAAAGGUUUUCCACUACAUACGUAUACAUGUACGUGCAUACAAAUUCUUUGCUGCGAUUCGUUGAUUAGUUAGUAACAAUGGUAAACUUUUGGUGCACCAGUGUUUAUACGUUUAGUGGAAACGAAAAUUUGUUUUCAUACAUUUAAAUUAAAGGGCUCAUUUAGAGAUAUAAUUAAAGCGAAAAUUUUCGUGACAGUAAAAUUUUUCCGCGAGAAGUGCUGCGACAUUUUUUUUCGAUGCAUGCACUUUUAUCUCACUUACUGUCUCGAUAAUGUGUAUUUAUAAACUAAAAAUUGUAGCCAGUUAACGAUUAUAUUAUAUAUGACGGAAUAUUGUGGAAUAUACCAUAUUAUCAGGAUUUUUGUCAUAUUGAUCAUUUAAUAUUUAUCUUGAUAUUCGAAGUAUAUAAAUUAUACAUAGGUGAUUUGAUAAAUGUUCUGAAAAUGAUAAUUUUAUAAGUACGUAUAUAAGUACUCGGUGUAUUGGUAAUAUUCAUCAGAGACUGUUCGUUACAACUUGCAAGUAUCUAUGAACGUUACGUUAACGUCAAUUUACACGUAUUUGUACUUAUAAUAAAAAAAAGGAACAUCGUGACAAACUAUAAAAAAAAAAUGGCAGCGAAUAUCCAUAAUACGAGAAUAUUUAAAGAUAACAAAGAGUAUCUAGCAAGUCAUGUGUGGUUAAUAUAAAAUAUACACUUAUACGACUAUACGUGGUUCGUGUAUAAUUGUUAUUAAACGUGUAAACAAGAUAAAAAUGAAUUAUAUAAGGCAUAUAAUUAUUAAGACCAUGCGAUUUUCGAUGCAAUAUUUCGCUUUGGUUAGAUUAGAUCAACGGUUUAUUUCGCUCCUCUACCGCAGAAACAUCACUACUAUUACCGAUGACGCUCUGAUUUGUAAGCACCUUUAUGGAAAAAAAUUGAAAUCGUUUUUUUAUUAAAAUUCAAAUGAACAGACCAUAUAAAUAAUUUGUGUGUAUUAAAAUAUACCCACUUAAAUGCACCUAUGUAGUCAUCGCUUCCUUAUAUGUUCACUUAAAAUAAUUAUUGUGUAUAUAAUUAUUUUAAUACACCUACCUAUAUAAUAUAACUACAUAUAUGUAUACCGACUUCGGCGCGACCGUGCCAACUGCUAAUAUUAUUAUAUUAUUAUUUAUUCGAUUUCUAAUUGGUAAGUUUUUCGAUAAGAUAUCGUUUUCAUACCUGAAAGAGGGCAAGGAUAGCAAACGUAAUCAAUGGAUUUCUAUAUAGUCUCUUGUUUUCCCUGCGUGUCAACUAGUUUGAUAACCCUUUUUUUAAACUUAAAAAUUCCAUAGUUUUAUAGUUUAAAUAAUAAAAAACAAGUUAAAUAUUAGGUACAUUAUUAAACAAUUUAAAUAUAUUAGAUACUAAAAGUAUAAAUAACACGUAAGUAUGUUAAACACAAUCUUAAUUUAUAAAAAAUAUUGAAAUAUUAAAAUACAAAAUUAUUAUACAUGUUUUUUUAAUGAGAAAUUUGUUGCUGCAUUUUAUUAGCUAAUGAAUCAAUCCUCGCACUGAAAUUAUUUGAUUUCAGUUGAACACAUGCUUCACUUAAAUCUGUUCCAAGACGUUUCCGUAUAGUUGACUUAAUUUAAUUCAUCGAAGAAAAUAGCUGCUCACACACAUAAGUAGAUCCAAACAUUGUUAAUAAAGAAAAAGUUAGUUUUUCAUAAAUGUAAAUGAAUUUGGAAGACUUUUCCACUCAAUAAUAAUCAAAUUGUCCGAUUUAAUAUUCCUACCUAUUUCACCAUGAUUAUUUCCCAGCUCAUUAUUCAAAUUAAUAAAUUUAUUUCUCCAAAUAUUACUUCCCUGAAAUUCUAUUAACUCUAUUUCUAAAUUUUCAAUACUUAACCACUCCAAAAAAAUCUAAGUUCAUCAAAUUUAAUAUUAUUUGAAUUAAUUAAAAAUUCUAAAGUUGAGUUUAGAUGGCAAAAUUGAAAAAAUCUGCUUAAAAAUAAUUCGUAUGUAUUUUUUAAUAUUUUUACAUAUUUAGUUAUUAUUAAUUUCAUAUUAAGCUGAUUAUCUUUAAAAUGUUUUGAAUUUAUUAAUCGCUUUUUCAAACAAGGUAAAUAUUUAAAUUUUUCAUUUUUCAGAUCUUUUCAAUAACUUUAAUGUUUUUAAACAUAGUUAAAACUGUUUGACCUCGGCGUUGGAGUUUUUUUAAAUUUAAAUCAUUAUAAAUUGCAGUCUAAUCUGUAAGAAACAUCUAUUCAUUCAACCAAUUUAAAUCAGUAAACUCUGGGUAAUAUUGAUUUAUCAGACAAAAAUAAACGUACUUCUUCCAGUAAUUCAACAAAUCGAUGAAGAACUUGCUCGCGACGUAAUUAAUGAACACUAUUAUACAUAAGAAGGUCAGAGUAAUGAGGCUCUACCUCUUCUAAUAAUUUGGCAAACUGUCGCUUGUUUAGGGCUCAAGAUGUUAUGCAAUUGACAAUUUUUGUAACAAUUUCCAUUACUUUUUGAAACGAUUUCAUACUAUCUUUUGCACCCAAUGCUUCUUAGUGUAUAAUAUAGUGAAAGUUGAUUAUAUGAUACAAAAUGUCACUGGAAAAAAGUUGAAUAAAUCAAUGUUAGCAACUAUAUUUGGAGCACCGUCAGUAGUAAUUGAAACGAUAUUUUGAAUAUUGAUUUUUAAAUUUGUAAACUCUUUAUGUAUUUCAUUCAUAAUAUCAUGACCAAUUUUUUAACUAGACAUUUGUAUUAAUUUUAUUAAUUAUUCUUUCAUGAUUUAAACGAGCCUGAGAAGUUACAUCUGUACUUUCAUCUAGACAAAUCGAAAAAUGUUUGCUGAAGCUAAAACAGUUUGAAACUGAUUUUAUACAUCACCACUCAUACAUAUAAUUCGUUCCUUAACAGUAUUUCUACUAAUAGGUAAAUCUUGAAUACGUUUUAUUAUUUCAUUUUAAUUCGCGAAAUCUUGAAAUAAAAUUUUGAUGUCACUAAAAAAACUUCUUUUAUGUAUUAUCCAUCUGAAACUGGUUUACCAUGCUGUGCCAAUGUUAUCAUUGACGAAAACCUGGUUCCGUAGGUUAAAAAAGAUUGAAAGAUUAAAAAUAAGAUUGUCAUUGGCAACCGUUUUUAUUUAUUUUUUUUUAUUAUAAAGUUGGGUACUCUCCCAUUAAUUGCCUCCUAAAUUCAGGUAGGUAAUCUUUUUUCACUCGAAUUUUCUCCGGGUAUUUUCGGAGGCAAUUCGAGCAUACUCUAACUGUCCACUCGAAUUGCCAACCGUAGGAUACCUAGAUUAUUAAUUAAUAGUUAAUAGUCGAUAGUUGACGUGUACUAUUGAUUAUUAUGUUGAUUUCCGUAAUGUUCAAAAAUAAAACUUAAUUGAUAAAUUAAAUAGAAAUUAAAUUUCAAAAUUUCAAUAUUUAAAAGUAUUAUUUAAAUUUAAACCUCAGAAAAUACAACAUAACUAAUUUAAAUUUAAAAUUUUGGCUAUAAAACAUAAUGAUAUUUAUUUAUUGAUUGUUUAAUAUUUUUUAUUAUUGUUAAUUACUGUUCUAUUGAUAUUGUAAAACAUAAUGCUAUAUCAUCUAAAUUAUUGUUUUUGUUCAUUUUUAAUACGUGAAAUUUUGAUACAAUACAUAUAUACCUAUUUGAUUUUUUGACAUUGGCUUAUUACUUAAUACAGCGUACUAAUGUUUACUAAUGACAUGUAUGCUGCAUAUGUCGUGCAUUAUAAGGAUUCUUAAUCUAAAAUAGGAGGCGAUUCGAGUGAAUGGUAUUUUUGAAAUCGCGGGGCAACUCGAGUAACCUUUUUAAAAAAAAAAAUUCACGGAAAGCGAUUCGCGUGUGCCCAUUCAUUUUUUAUUAUUUUAAUCUUUUCUGAACAAUUAUUGUUGUCAUGGAAACGCACAUAGUAAUAAUUUUAUCAUACUAUGACAUAUAUAUUGUUGACAACAUUAUCAACUGAACUCUGCUCAGAAUUGUUUUUUCAUUAGCAAUGGUUUAUCGUUGCUUACAGAUACACAUUAAAUUCCCGUCUGUAUAUUACUUUCCCAACUUCCAACCUAUAACAGUGAUUGCAUCUAUGUGCGAAGUAAUUUGUCCUUUUUUUUUCUUUAUGUAUUAUAUUUUUGAAAAAUAUUAAACUGUGUAUAAUAAUCAAAAAUGUUCCGAAUAUGCAAAAAUAUGCAAAAUCAUUGCAACUCAAUUAUGAAUCAUAAUUAUUCGUUGUCAUGAUUUAUAGUUUAGACCGCAGGUAUAAAUAUAAUAUUUAAUAUGUACAAUUAACGAUCUCGUCGAAAUAUAUUUCGUUAUACGAACGAAACAUAAUGACCGAUUUGAUAAAUUUUACUGGACGAUUCCAAUAAAAAGAAAUGGUGUAUCGUAAUCACGAUUUUAGGUAAAUAUCUACCACAAUUCUAGUUUGACGGGUAAUAGGUGUAAGUAAACAAAAAUCUAAAAACUAAUUACUACUACUGUAAUUUUCAAGGGUCGAUAAAAAAAAAAACAAUUAAAUAUUGCAAUUUUUAAUUCGUAAUUAUUAUACUACUUUAAUUAACAGAGUCAAAGAGUGUCGGCAAAUACUUGGGGGUGUUGUAUACGCCGAUAACUUCAACGUAACACAACACAAAAUAAUAAAUACAGUGAAAAAGGUGAAACUUUAAUACAGUUGUCCAAUAGCGUCACACGAUCACCAUAGAAGACCUCGUUUUUUACUUUUUCUCCCCUUUUUAUGUUACAUUUUCCCUUUUUAUUAAUAACAAUUUUAUUCUACUUAAAGUUACUGACUCAACAAAAAAUAUUAAAAUAUGUUUAUACUUCUAUUGCUCCGACUAUCGGUGUUAAAUAAUUGUUAAUUAUUUCGACAUCAAGUUAAUGGAAACAUGUUUGUACAAUUUAGAAUUAACCUAAUUAAUCUAAAUAUUGCCUAAUACUACAGGGAAAAAGAAUGGAAAUAAUAUUAUAAUUACGUUUGGCUUUAUUUAGCCACAAUCGAGUUUCGUUCUAUUCAAGAUGCGUGUAAACUGCAAUUGCGCUUGUAAUGUAUAUAAUCCCCUCUUGUGAAUCAGGCGAGAAAACGAUCUCAUAUAAUUAGUUUUUCCACUGAGUUUUCACCGGGCCGUGAUCGUCUAGUGGUUAGGACCUUGCGUUGUGGCCGCAAUAACCCAGGUUCGAAUCCUGGUCACGGCACAAAAUUUUUUGCAGAAAAUCUCGAUAACAAGAAAGGAAAACCGUCGUCGUCACGGUCCGCGUGAUUUUCUCCCAUUUAUUUAAUAUUAUGAAAACGCUACACUAGACGCGGCCGUGGCCGUCCGGACCAAGUCUAUUCUCAUUCAGCUUAGACUAUAUUAUUUCGAUCAAAUUUUUUUUCGCUACAUUAUUAUUACAAAAGAAAUUAUCCAUCUUUUAAUUUAAGUAAAAUAUUGAAAGUAAAAAUAUUAUAUCAAACCCAUAGACAUUUUUAUUUUUUUUUUACAUUAUUAAUAACAUUAUAAUUAUCUAGUAAAGUAAAUAAUUUUUCCAAAAAACGUAAUGAAUUUUACUAUUUCGGGACUAGGAAUAAAACAAGUCUUUAUUAGAGAUGUUGGGAUUUUAAGGUUUAACUAGUUAUAGCUGGUAUAAGUGAUUAAGAGUUAAACGAGUGCAAAAUCCUGAGCAAAAAUGUUUAAAUUUUAAAAUAAUACGUGAAUUGUUUGGUUGAUCUUUUUCCUUUUGAGUAUAAUAAUGAAUUAUUAUAUAUUAAAAUAUAUAUAAAGAUCUUUAAGGGGGUCAAUAUUUUAAAUUCAAAUGGGAACCUAUACUUUUUUGAAUAUCGUAAUACUAUAAUCAUUGAAAAAAUGAAUCUAAAAAAUGAUUGUGUAUUAAAUUCAAUAAAAUUAAAUCUAACUGUGUGAAAUUGUACAGCUACUUAUUUUUAUCUGUGGACCGUGGAAUAAAUUUCCUAUUAUUACUAUUAAAUGUACCAAUGUUUUUUAUCAUUAAACUAUCUAUAUAUAUAUAUAUCUAUCUAAUAUCUGUAUAUAACAUAAUUAUUAUAUUAUAUUAUAAUAUACGAGGUAUGGCUAUUAAAUAACGAGACUGGUUACGAAAGUGUUUUAUUAUAAAAGUUAUUCUACAUUCAAAUGCUCCCCUUCAAUAUACUCCCCUCCCCUCGCCACACACCGUUUCAUUCGUUUCUUCCAUUGCUCGAGGCAGUGCUGGAAGUCUGUUUUCGUAAGACCAUUUAGGAGUUUCGCCGAUUUUUGUUUCACCUCUUCCAUCGACUCAAACCGGACUCCUUUCAAGGCAAACUUUAUCUUCGGAAACAAGUAAAAGUCGCAGGGUGCCAAGUCGGGUGAGUAAGACGCGUGUUCGAGUACUGGAGUACCUUAAGCGGCCAAAUAACACUUCACGCUUUAUCCUGGUGCAAGAUCCACGACUUGUUUUUCCACAAUAUCGACCGUUUCUUACGAACUCAUUCGCGCAAUGUUGCCAAAACUGUCAAAUAGUAAUGUUGGUUCACAGUUUGACCCUCUGGAACCCAUUCAGUCAUCACGAUGCCGUUGAUAUCGAAGAAAACGGUUUUGAAUUUGGAUUACGACUGAAUUGGAUUCCGGUGCACUCUCGACCUUCAGAAAAUAAUUUAUGCCACUCAAAAACACGCGCCCGAAAUAGGAAAUCCUCACUAUAGGCUUCUUUUAACAACUUAUAGCACUCAGUUGGAGUUUUUUUUAGUUUAACGAGAAAAUUUUACGUUUAUCCGUUGCUCAUGUUUUUCGUCACGAGAAAAAAACAAGUUCGUUUCAAACCACUACUGCACAAAUACUAUAAUAGUGACGAAAACGUGUUUUGGUACGUGCAUAGAUAAGAUAUCUAGAUACCCAACGCAUUACUCGUUUUUUUCACUACCCAUCUGGGGCACCCUUUAGGCGAGCAGUCUCGUUAUUUAAUAGCCACAUCUCGUAUUAUUAUUAUCAUUUUUUAUUCACUAUUAUUCUUUGUACUCAAAAUAAAUUAAAAAUAUAAUAUCUACCAAUUUAAUCAUAGUACAGGUAUAAAAUACAAUUGAGAUUUAAGAAAUAUUCUUUGUAAAAUAAUAAAUAACUGAAUACUUUAACAAUAUAAUAUAACACUAUUAAGUAUGCCGAAAUUUGAGCAUACAAAUGGUACAAGCUAUGAUUUGAAGGUAGAACCCUGAAGUAAGCCACCUCUUUGUUACUAUAACUUCAUGCAUAUACAAAUACAAAAUUUUAUCCCCGGCAUUAAUUUGGGGGUAUACAGUAAGGUUGUUCUGAGCUAAAAAUAACACCUUCCUCCUUCAACAUUAUAUGGUGAAAUUCGUGUUUUAAAAUUUAACUUAACUUUUAUUACUUCAGUCCACCUAAAUUAAAUGAAAUAUAUUCCCGAGUUAUUUUGGUUUAAAUGAAGCCGCUAAAAGUGUCCAAAAGUAGUGGGGUAAAGAUAAUAAAUUUACAAUAGAUACAGAAAAAUAUCUCAGUUAAAAUAAUUAAACAUUAAAAUAUUUUACAAAUUUAAUUUCGGGAGGCGGGGUGGUUGAACUCCUACAGUAUACAUGCCAAAAACAAUAUCAUUGCAUUGGGUAUUUUAAUCUGCUUUUACUUUUCUAUUUACUUUUUUAUAAUCGACUACUCAUUAUUGUUUGUAGAUAUUUAAUCAGUUUUAUACCCUUUUUUUCAAAACACACGCGAAAAUGGUAAGUACGGGGCUAGGGGUUGCCUAGGCAUGGUCAAAAUAAUACGUGAGUUUACUCUUAUAGAGGCAAGAGCAUACAACUACAGAAAUAACUAGUAGCUGAUAUUAUAAAUUAUAAAUAUACGGGUGUUCUACAGACUGCUGUAAUAUAGUAUAAAAUCUCCGCAGAUAUACCUACAGACAUUCUAUUAAAAAAUUAUUUAACUUAUUUACAUAUGAAUGUAAACUCAAACCUAUUAUUAUAAACCUAUUUAAUAAUAUUAUUCAAUCCGCCAACCGCGAAUCUACAUAAUAUACGAAUAUAUUUCAUUACAUUUGUCUUUUUUUAUAUUUUCAGUGAUAUACGAACUCACAAAGUCACGCAGACACGACGAUUUAUGUAUCUAUGUAAUAAAAUAAUACUAUAAAGCGGUUAGAGGUUGAGUGAAUCAGUAAUAUGUUUUCUUACACCGUUAUUUAUUACGUGUGCGUUUAUUAACAUCAUACUACGCGGUGUAAACCGAUAUUUUUAGAGAGAAAAAUAAAUGAAAAAUAACGAAUAGGUGCCUAUCGAAAUUCCUAUGCUUACGCGUGUAAAAAAACGUACACAGCUCUGUCUGUCUGUAAUACAAUGGUAAUAUAUCAUGCGCUUUUUGUAGAUAUGCGCAGAUAAAUACCGGUUUUCCAAUAUGAUUUAUAUAACAUAAGUUUUAUAAUAAUAGUUAGAAUACUCGUUUGAUGUGCAUAUAUAUGGUAUGUUUUUAUAAAUUAUAACAAAGCCGCAUAAUAUUAAUAGACAGGGCCGGAUUGAGGGGUCUGAGUGAGCUGUAGCCGAAGAGCCCCUAUACAUAAUCAUAUCGAACAAAAGUAUAGAAAAUUAUCCAAAUGAACUUAUUCAGUUUAAAUAAUUAAAGACGCCGUGGCAACAGCCAGAUAUUUCUAUUCUAACAACAUUCUAACAAUUCAUAAAAUUGUUUAGGAGGAACAAAAAAAACCUUUUUGAAAUUUUCUUAAGAAUAUUAAAAAAAAAUAUAUAUAUUCUGCUGUUCCUUUGACAAAAUCAAUGAUUUAAAAUACACACUACGGAAAAGGUUAACACAGCGAUAAAAUAUAAUUAUAAAUUAUUAAUAAUUAAUAAUAACUGAAUCACCAUCACGUGAUUAAUAAUGUGUGAUUUUCUCUUUUGUUACCAUUUUAAAAUAAAAAAAAUCUUAUUACCAUUUUAUAUCAUAUUAUUAUGUAUUUAAUAUUAAAUAUUUUUAAUUUUUAAUUAUAUACUUUUAGGUAAUAUAUAAAUAAUAAAUGAGUCCCUAAAAAGUCCGGUUCAGUCCAAUCCAAUCUAGUUUUAAUAUAUUUUAACAUGGUCCAGUUUCGUUUAUUUAUUUUAGAUUCCGAGCAUAAUGAGCUAUUGGUUUUACAUUGCUGUUUAUUUCUUAUUUUUCUUUGUUCUAGUCUGUGGAUACGUUUUUUCUUAGUAAACUUGCUCCGAUUUUUACGUGUAGCAACUUUUAUACUACUUGUGCUUUGAAAGAUAUACAAUUUACAAAGAACUAAAGAUGCCUAAAAAUUUGCAAAGUACUUGACAAAGAAAUUGAAUAAUUUUAAAACAUUAAAAAAAAAUUGAAUAAUUAAUUAAAUAUUUAGUAAUUCAGUUAAGAAAAAAUAAACAGUCCAGUUCAGUCCUGUUACGUGGUUUAUUCCAUUAGUCAGGUUUAGUACUGAUCUUAAUUUGACUUCAUGGUCCGGUUCGUGAUAUUAAAAACGCCGCACCGUGCAGAGCUCUUGUGUAGUAAUGCAGACAUCACCAUUAUUUAACAAAUAGAACACACACAUAUGAUGGGAAAAUUGACAUCGAAAAUACAUUGUUUCAAAUUUUGUAAAAGUCGUUUUAUAAAAAUUUUUAAAGAGUCCUAUCACUGGAUAGCUGAUCCACCCUAAUCCACGUUUUUAAGUCAAUUAUAAUAUUUUUGUUCACCUUUUUGCUUAUUGUAAUUUGUUUUAUUAAUGUACUGAUUGUAAAUGUUAUACAUGUUUUUAGUAAACAUAAAAAAAAAAUUCAAUACAUAUAUACAAAAAUAAUUCUAUUGAUGUGCGUUGUAUUAAAAUAAGUUAAAAUGUUGUUUAUAUACUAUCGUCAUUGCAUUUAAAUCUAUCAUACAAUACAGAUAUUCCUAAAAUGAAUAUUAAAAUAUAAUUACACCGUGUUGUGUUGUUAAAAUAUUUUUCUCCGAUGGGUUCAACCACGUACUAUAUUGUAUUUUAGAUUCUGAGCGGAGUGAAGAACCUUAUGGUUUUACAAAGAUGUUUAUUUAUUUUUUUUUUCCUGUGGACAACGUUUCUACAAGCAAUUAUACUCCGGUUUACAAUAAGAGCAUUUUUUCUAAAAGAAAAUCUGACUGGAGAGGUACUUUAAAGAGGUAAUUUUUCGAUUUUCUCAUAAUUUGAAAAACAGGGAAAAACCAGGAAAAACGAGUAAAUCGGUACAAAAUUAAACAAAUAUUAUUUAAGAAAACAUAAUAUCAUGCCUAUUUAAUUAUUUUACCAUUUUAUGAUGUAUAAUAAUAUAUUGUUAACAAAGCAUCACUAUUAACUGAACUCCGCUCAGAAUCGUUUUUACGUUAGCAACGGCUUAUCGUUGCUUACAGGUAUACCUACAUCAAAUUAACUAUAACAGUUGUUACACCCAUCCCUAUUAUUCUUUUUCAAAUAGCUUUUCUCUUUUCUUUUUUUUGUACACGGAAAACGACGAGUGCGCAUUACCAUUAAAACACGACACGACGUAACACGAUGCUAUAUGACUCUCUUGAAUUACUUAACUGUGCCAAAAAUACGCUUAUUUUAUAAUAUCUGUAUUAUCAAUUUAAGUCACGUAUAAUAGCAACACACUUACACUAAAAUGUUUAUAGGCAAUUUCUAUUUGUAUAAUAAAAUUUCAAAUUAUAUUAUGUUAUUUAUCAAAUAUAAAUGGCAUUUAUAAUUUAUUAUUAUGUAGUAAUUAUAGGUACAUCUCGGUUUUUUUUAAACAAAUGAUUGUUAGUAAAAAAUUGUAAUUUUUUAUUAGUUUUAUAAAAAUCAUCUAGCUACUUAAAUUCAUCGGAAAACCUUAUCUUUGUAUAGCCGCCGUGAUCGUCUAGUGGUUAGGACCUUGCGUUGUGGCCGCAAUAACCCAGGUUCGAAUCCUGGUCACGGCACAAAAAUUUUUGCAAAAAAUCUUGACAAAACAUGAAAGAAACUUUCAUUGAAUCCUCAUGUCUUGUUUCUCACAUAUCGUUGUCAUUCUAAAUAUUAUUAUUAUUUUUUUUUUUCAAAUAUUUUAUUAUAAUAUUACCUAUUUUGUAGGUUUUGUUAAAAUAUACGCAUUGUAUUUCAACGACUUGCUUUACGUUUUAAAAUACAUAGACAGACAAAAGUAAAAAACUCGAUUGUUAUAUUAUUAUUAUAGAGCAUUAUUUAUAGGAUAAUAUUAACAUCAAAUUAUUUAUAUAUAGAUUUUAACUCUUAAUUUAAACAACUUUGAAUGAAAGAUAAUUUAUAUAUAAAAAAAAAAAGAGUGUGGAAUCUGGGUACGAGUGUGCAACUGUCAUAAUCGGGAAGAUGGGAAAUGAGAAGUUAGAAUGCAUAACAUUAUUUAAUGUAUAUCUGAAAGCAAUGAUUGUUAAUGAAAAACGGUUCGGAACGAAGUUUGGUUAUACAUGUUUUGAAAUGUUGUAAAUUUGUAAUAUUUUCGUAAAAAUAGAUUUAUAGCUCCUAUACAAAUAUAAAAAAAAUACUACAUAACACUAGGUUUUUUUUUUUUUAUUACCAAUACGACUUAUAAUGCACCUCCUGUUGAAUUUGCAGAUAUUUCCGUUUAGUGUAACAAUUUUAUCCACAGAGUAUCUACUAAAUAAAAAUUAGAUAGAAUACUCGUAAAAUUAAAAUGUCUACAAAUAGCUCAAAUGUUUUAAAGAUUUUAGCAGUUGGAGUAAGAUUUCUGAUAAAAAAUUUGUUAACAGAUAGACACAAUGACAUGCAUACAAAGAAAAAACACGUACCAUGGUCAAACAUAAAACCAAUACAUUACUCCCUAAUCACUAAAAUCUAAAAUGAUUGAUACCUACGUGUACUGAAUAGCUAUAAGGUCGAUAAUUUGGAUCGAUUUUCCAUUUCAUAAUAUUUUUUACUGAUUAUAGUCUUAUAUUAAUUAAUAUAAAUAAUGUUGUUAUACGAACGUAUUUGAAAUAAAAUAAUUUAUAUUUUUGUUUUGUUUUGUUUUGUUUUUUUUUUUUUUUGCAGUACAAUACAAAGUGAAUUGUAACGAUGACUACAUGUCGGUUGACAUUAAAAAAACCGACGACAUAAAACAUAUUUAUUUAAAUCAAAUGAAAUUUUAUCCAGGUAAAAUAAAUUUAAUAAUAAUUUAAUAAUUUAUUUUAUUGUAUUGUAUUUUUAUUGUUAUUGGUAUGAUAUAUUUCAAAAAAAAAAUUGUUUAGUAUUUUUUUAUUAGUUUUGAUCUGGUAUAAGUCUAUUUUGAAAAAAUGUUGGUCUAAUUAUCAAAAUAUCAGGUUAAUAUAAGGAAAUUAUGUGGGGAAUUAAAAGAUACCAACAUAAAAAACAAAAUAAUUUACAAGCACUGUUAUUGAAUCUUAAUGUUAAAUAAUUUCUUCUUUGAUAUUUUUGAAAAUAAAUUUCAUUUAAAAAAAAAAUUUACCUCAGAAAAAUGAUUUUUUUGAAAAAAUGUAAUUUUCAUUUGUUUUUAUUUUUUACACUCACCAUUAUUAUAGAACUCGCUUGCCAGCCGGCUUACAAAAAAAACCAUAUUCAGUUCAAACUGUCCUUGUUGGACGUGUUCAAAUGCGGGGUGACGAAAGUGGUUAACCAGGGAACCGUAAGUGUCCAACAAUUGAAAGACAAUUGCGUAACGAAAAUCCGAAAAACAUAUUUAUAAACUUGUAUUAUUAUUGUAGGGUAUGGUCACGUACUAUCAUCAAAUAGUCAUUGAAAAAGACGGCGGCCGCGCCAACGAAGAGCUCAAGUCUCUGCUGAACGUCAAGUGUUGGUUUUCCGGAAACAAAAAUCACACGGUAGCUAAGAGGAACGUGCUUCCUGCCGGGUUUCAAGAACCAGAGUGAGUAAUUGUUUUCCAAAUACUAUAAUAAACCGAUUACACAUUAGAGACCACAUAAUACUAGUCUAUCAAGUAUUCGCGGCGAGUCUUGAAAAACGUGACGUUGAAAAAUAAAAAUAAAUGAUAAUGUCAUAAUAAUUAUUACUUAACUAAAAAACACCGACACCGGACAGUUUUUAAAUAUGUAAAGGCCGGACCGGACCAUCCGAGACCAGAUUAAACCAAAUAGGCCAAUAGAGUCAUUAUUAUUUAUUAUUAAUUAUUCAUUUGUAUGUUAACACGACACUAAGAGUUUACUGUACUUUACAAUAUGAAUACUAUUUAUAAAGUAUUGUUAUUUUUGUGAUUGUUCAACGAAGAACAAACCGGCCCUAAUGAAUAAUAUUUAAUAUUAAAUUAAAAUAAUAUAAUAAAAUGAUAUUGUGGUAAAAUGAUAUCAAUAUAAUAAAUAAAGCAAAUCGCACACUGCCAAUUACGCGAUAGUUAUUCAGUAAACUUAAAAAUAACAACAAAUUUUGUGAUUUAUUUCAAACUGUUUUUAUAUUUAUUUAGAUGUUUUAUUAUAUUAAAUAAUAUAUUGAAAUAAUUAACAAUGAAAUAUCUACAACUUUUCAUUUGAUUUAUAAAUAGGUAUAAUUGUUUAAUUUAAUAAUUAAAAUAGCAAUGGACAACACUACUGAUUGUGAUCAAGGUAUAGAAGAUAGUUUGUAUUAAGUAAUAAGUACACUUAAAUCAUUGAAUCAGUAUUCAAAUUUGCUUUAGAAUUUUACGUCCCUUUAUAGGCGUUCGGAGGAGAGUGCAAGACAGGACAUCUGCCCCUCUCACUAGACUUUAAAAUUUCAAUUAUAAUUUUAAUAAUUAAUUAAUAUAAUUUAAUUUGUAAUUUUUUUUGGUGUUUGAUUUUAUUAUGUCUCUCCCUGAUAAAUUUCCUGCGAACUUCCGUGCGCCCCUUCCAAUUUUUUUUCAUACACUGAAUAAAGUAUAGGUAAGUAUUUUAUACUUAUUGAUAUUACUCCAGAAUAGAGUAUAAAUAGAUAUAAUACCACAGAACCAUGGUGCAAUUUUAAAUGCGUGAGAUAAUAAUACGACUUGGACUAGAAAAUGAAAAAUUGUUUUUUUUUUUUAAAUGCUUUCUUAUAGUAAUAGUGCGCCUAUUCUUUGUUGUGCUUCUAUGUCAAUCCAACUAUACGUGUUUCACACAAUAUAGAUUCUUCUCGGCGGAGGAAAGGUUUUGACGACCAUCUCUCUCAUACAAUAUUAUAGAAUAUUGUAUCCAUAUUUAUUUGUAUAAACAGGGACCUGGAGAUCACCACCUCACUAACAAAGACCGCUCCGGUACCCGUGCUCAAGAUGGGCGUGCGUCAAGGUGAUCAUAUCGUCAACGGUGAACUCAACGUCAAUCCGGGCACCCCGCUCCAAAUGGAAAUAUCUCUGGACAAUACGAGCGCGCCGAUUUACGGGCUGCUAGUUAACUACAUGUACGUGACCGACACUAAAGCGCAAGAGGAGAUUAUCAUAUUCAAAGGGUGAGUUAACGAGUAUUUCUAUAUUAUAAUAUACAUAUUAGAGGUGGCUAAACUUUUUUGUUAGAGAUCUACUAAGAAGGUAUUUUUCUUUUGAGAAUCGGCUUAAUGAAUAACUAUCAAAAUAGGUAUUAAUAAUAUACAUAAACGUUUAAAUAACACAACUAAAAUAUGUAGUUAAAUAAUGUUUUUAUGACAUUUUUAUAAAGAUUCUCUAAUAUAAUAUUAUAAAUAAAAUUGCCAGUAUAAACACUUUAUACCUGUAAUACUUGAUAGACUGAUAACAAAAUAAUAAUCCAUUAGAGGAUUUAAAGCGGUUAUUUUCUGUUUUUGUUUUACACGCGUGAAAUAUAGGAAGUGAAAUUGGGUGAAGCAAUACGAAUUCUGAAAAAAGAUUUGAAUUUCGACUUUCCUACAUUUUUUAUUUUAUCCCCUUAAUUCAUAAAAAACUUAGAAAAAUCGGAAAAUUUAAAAUGUAUUAUUUAUAGUUUUGUUUUGUUGGUUUUUUUUUUUUUAAUUUAGCUGAAAUAUUUGUAAAGGCUUAAAAUUUGGACAGAAAACUUAUAUUUACAUUUUCUAGAUACCGUACAAUUUUCAAAACAUUUUAGCUAUUUUUGAGUUAUUUACAUUGGACAUUUGAAUUUUGCGAGUUUAUUACGUAAUUUUUACUUAAUAGGUACUCUGUGGAUAAAGUUGUUUGACCAAACAGAAACACUUUAGAACUUUCAUUAUAAGUCGUACUUUUAAAAGCGAACUCGGCUCAGAACAAUUUUCGUUAGCAAUUAUUAAUCGUCGAGUACAUUAAAUUCCCCUUUGUAUCCUACCUUCUCAAUUUCUUACCUUCAAAAAGAAAUCUAAUCGGCAUAAAUUCACUAUAUUCUAUUUGUACAUUGAAGAAAUAUAUCUUAUGAGAAAGUCAGUAAAAUCCCUCCUAAGUUAAAAAACAUGCACCUACAAUAUAUUAGUGGAAACAAUAAAUUUAAAUCGAUUUUGUAUUCCUUAUAUUACAAUGAUUGUUUUUGUGAUUGUUUUUUUUUUUUUUUUACAGAUGUUCAUUGGAUCCGUAUUUGUUUGAAAACUUUAACACUGACGAUGGUGACUCCUUGAAAGCGAAAUUCAGAGCGUUUAAGUUCCCAGAGUCCUCGUACGUGCAAUUCAAAGGCACCGUCAAUGUUUGUUUAGACAAAUGCAAUGGGGUCAGUAUUAAUUAUAAUAAAUCAUGUUAUUUUAUUUUCGUUCGUCUUCAUCUCUGAUUUGUAUAUUAGGCAUUAGUAAGGACUAUUCCAUAUUACACCGAUUAUCUCGAGUAUUCGAACCUCCACCAAUUAAUUCCACGCUCUUUCUAGAUUCAGAGCGUAUAGCGAGGGAUCUGUUACUUUUACUAAGAUGUGUAUUGUUUUUUUUUUUUUUUGUAAUUCGUAUUUUUUCUGUCAUUGAACUACUUUUCAACUAGAAAUAUUGUUCUAAAGUAUCAAGUGAAGUAUUUUCUCUAGUUUAUGAAUAAGGAGGCCAUUUUUUGAUUUUAUAUGAGUCUUUCAAAAUAAUUGGAAAACAUCUGAAAGAAAAUUAUAUAUAAACGGUAAAUAUUUAUGGCAUACUGCGCCGCGACGUUGCAGAUUUUAUUAUUUUAAAAUUAUACAUACGAUAUUUUCUAGUAAAAUUAUUGCUUGAAUAGAAAAACUGCAAGGUCUUAUUAGUUGAAUUUUUUAACUAAUUGAUGACCAAGAAAGUUGUUUUUUAUUUUCUUUUAAAAUGAUUGAGUAAAACCGAAAAAUACGUAGAAAGUACGGAAAAAUGUACGAAAAUAAUUAUUUUAUUAUUUUAAAUUUUGUUUUUUUAAUGUAAUUUAGUUUAAAAUAUUCGUAGAGACUUGACAUUUUUAAAGCAAAUAGAUUUACAUAUUUACUUAUGUUUGCAUUUUCUAAACAUGGUAAAAUUUUCAAAACAUUUGAGCCAUUUUUAAUCUAUUUAUAGACAUUUUUUUACGUAUUAUUUAUUUGGUAGUGUGAGACAAUUUAAAUUUGCUCGUCACUAGCUUAUCUAUGACCACCUAUCAUAAGAAACGACAAAUGGAGUUAUGUCAGAUCCAGUGGCGUCGAACUUUUCUUAAACUACUGGGGUAAACCCUGUUGAGGAUAAUACCAACCCUCUCACCCAAGCCGGAUUAAGGGGGUCGGUCUCUGAGUCCACCUCUUUUCACGAAAUAUUUUUUCUAAUUAUAAAAUUAUUUUAUUGGUAAAAUACUAAAUAUUUAAAUAUUUAAAUGUAAUAUAUGUAUAUAAAUGAUCGUAAAUUCAUCUCACGAAGUAUUAUCAAAUGAUAAAUAAAUAAUAUUAUAAAUAUCAAGAUUUUAGAUAGAUAUCUUAAAUCAUGAUAGGUACAUAUUAUUACAUUGAUAUUUGAAUAUUUAAUAACGUGUAUACAUUAAAAUGAAAGUUUUGAACAUAAUUAUGGAUAAUAUAGAUGAUCUUUAUUAAAUGGUAUAUUAUUAGUAAAUAUUAUGAUUGUGAACCACGAACUAAUAAAACGUAUAGGACUGGAAACGACACGAUCGACGAAGUGUGGGAAAUAGGUUCACAAUUGUUUUGAAAAUAGCCCACUGUAUCUACUUAUAGAUUAAUACCAGCACAAACAAAAAUCUAAGUUUUAAAUCAUUAGUAACCAAUGCACUGUGAUUUUAUAUGAUAAUUUUUUUUUCCUUUAUAUAUUUUAUUUCUCAAUUUAUAUACAAAAUAUUGUAAUACAUUACAUUGAUUUGAAAUAAAAUCAUCUGCCUUCGAUAAGCAACGCUUUUGUUGAGAUUUCAAUGUUUCAUAAUAUAUAUAUAUAUAUAUAUAUAUGUAUAAUUAAUACGAUUUAUAGAUAUAUAAACAAAUAAAAACAAAACAAGACAUAGAUAUAAACAUUAAUAGAUACACAUUUAAACUAGAGACAUGAAUAAUCAAUUUAUAACCGAUAAUUUAGCAUUAGAAAAUUUACUGAUAAUAUUUAUUUUUAUAAUAACUGGCAUAAAAUUAAAACAAGUAGGACCGAGGUAAUCUACGCAUUUUUGACCAAAUGAUAUUCUGAAAUAUAUAACUUUGACUAUAAGCUAUAUUUUCUCUUUUAUCUGAGAUUUCAUUUAAAUUAAUCCAGUUAUUCAAAUUUUUUACCACCUAUAGAAUGGAAAUUUACUCCUUAUUACUCCUGUCUUUAUUUUGGGGUUAUUAUCCUUACCAUUUCUGAUAAAUGUAUGAUCUAAAUAAGAGUGCCUCAUCCCUGUUGGAGUCCUAGUGUACAUAUUAAUAAAUGACUUUGCAAAUUAUAAUAUUAUAUAUUCAUUAAUUGAUUAGCCUUGUUAAUUUUUUAGAUGCGGAGUUUAUUUAUUAUUUUUAAAUUCUGAGUUGAGUGAAGAAGAUUAUGGUUUUAAAAAUAUGGUUAUUUAUUUUUUUUUCCUGUGGACAACUUUUCUACAAGCAAUUAUGCUCCGAUUUACAAUCAUAGCAUUUCUUCUAAAAGAAAAUCUGACUGGUGGGAGGGGUACUUUAAAGAAGUCAUUUUUUUAUUUUCUAAAGAGUUUCAGUAAAUGUGGAAAACAGUGAAAAAUCAUUGGAAAACGGGGAAAACGUAAAAAAAUGAAAAAUUGGUACAUUAAACAAAUAUUAAUAAAGAAAAUAUACAAUACCUAUUAAAUUAUUUACCAUAAUACGACACAUAUUAUAUUGUUACAAAACAUCACUAUCAAUUUAACUCCUCUCAGAAUCGUUUUUUUGUUAGCAAUGGUUUAUUGUUGCUUACAGGUAUCAGGUGAUUCAUUUAAGUGGGAACACACGACUAUCUCGGAAAGUAUUAACUUUUUCCGAAAUUUGUUUUCUAGAACAUUUAAGAAAGAAGCUGCUCUACAAUUUUAUAUUUAUUUUUUUUUUUUUUACCCUUAUUUUUGGGGGUAAAAUCACUACCUACUUUUAAUUUUGAAAUGGCAACCUGUAUUUAAAAGUCCAUAAAUAGAUAAAAUAUUAGUUAAAAUCAAUUUUAGUGUUGACAUUUUUGAUUUCCACCGAUCCAUUAACGAGAUAUUCCAAUUUUAAGUUUGGGUCGGAUGAGAGUAGCGGAGAGUCAUUUGUGUGGCGGUACUUGUUCUAAAAAACGUUAUAGAAAAUAAAUUCCGAAAAAGUUAAUACUUUCCUAGAUAAUAAGUAUACCCACUUAAAUGAAUCACUCGGUAUACAUUAAAUUACUUAUAAAACAGUGGUUGUACCCGUCUUUGACCAUAAAUACCAUUGAUUAUAUUUUAAAUGCAAUCUUUGUUUUUAUUGUAAUUAAUUUAUUGCAAUAAAUAAAUGCGAAAACAUAUAAGUAGAUUAUAGUUUCGGUUAUUGUAGAUUAUACAAUCGUACAAAUGUUUUUAGAUAUUAAUAAUUUACCUACAUAAACUCUCCACACCUACCAUUAACGCAGGCUCUGUUUUUAACUUCCCACCUACAACAGUGGCACACGCAUAAGCAGUAUCAACACUUUUUUUUGUAAAAUAUUAAACAAUAACUCAUUUCAUUUUUACACGUUUCUUUUUUGGAUCGAAGAAAAGGUGUACUUUAGAUCGCUCUUUAUUGUAAAGCAGCUUGAGAACAAUUUAUUGCACCGUCUUCAUCAGUGAUAGUGUAUACAUGAUUAGGUUAUAUAUAUAUAGAAUAAUAAAUUAAUAAUAAAUAUUACGUGUUUCUAGUUUCCACAACGGUUAUUAAUUGUUUGCUUAAAUUUUAUGCAGGUGGACUGCAGCAAUGGCAAAGUUGGCUUUGGAAGGAAGAGGCGAGAAAUCAGUGGCAAUCCGCCGAACACGAACAAGGUAUUUGAAGUGUCCAUGACCACGUUCAUCAAAGUGGAAUACAAAAACGAAAUGGCCCGAGAUAAAGGUAAUAUCACGAAGGUUAACCCUAGUAUGUUUUUAAUCGAAUGUAAUCGGGGGUUAAACAAAUUAAGGCGGCUGCGUUGCGUUGUUUGAUUUUUAAACCUGGCGUACCAUGAUGGCUGUUGAUCGGGGAAUAUGGUAAGACUACAUAACAUUUUUCAUAGGGCAACGAUCUUUAAAGAGGAAUAUAUUCACGUUGUUUUUUUGUUUUCAAAAAUAUUUACGAAAAAAAUAGAUAUUGUUUGAUAAUAUCUAAGAAAAAUGUGUAUUGACAUAAACGGCACCUGAAUCGAUUAAAUAUCCAUAAACGUAAAUCUUAAAAAAAAAAGAAAAAACCGUAGACAGAUCAAGUCCAAUUUAUGUUUUAUUAUUUUUCCCAAAUGUUCAUAGUAAAAUUAGAAAUCGACUCGACGGACGACCAAACAAACCAAACAAAUUCGAAUGCACUGGACACCAGGCCACAAAACGCUAAUAUUCGGGGUGCCACAGUCGACGGCAACGAUUACAUGCGAAUGGACACAGAAGAAAUCCGGGAAGAGCUCAAGUACAUAUUGCUGAAAACCAACUCAGGUCCCUAUUCCCGGGAACCGUACACCGUCACCAUCGUCGUUGGAGCAGCGUUGCUGUUGUUCACAGUUAACCUUCGUAUCUGAAGGAUUAUUCCCUACCAUCCCUUUAACCACUCUAACCUAUUAUUAAAUAUUAACUCUCUCUUACUUUUUUGUUUUUUUGUUUUUUUUUAAUAUCCCUCUAACCGUCAAAAUAUAAUGUAAAUAAUAUUUAAUUAUAUUUAUAUUUAAUUCAAUUUAUUAUGAGUAAUAUUUUUAAUAUGAUCUGCUCGUAUACAUUAAUAUAAGUAUUAAGUUAUUAUUUUUGUUCUUAUGAACUAUCGUGGAUUUGUUCUAAUACCUACCUAUUAGAUACAUUAUUGAUCUACUAAUAACUUUUUUUUUUUUACAUUAUGUAUAAUUAUAUUAUAAUUUUUAUCAUUUUAGGUCUUUGUAUUCGAAUCUGUAACAAUAUUAUUGAUUAUGAAGUUAUAUAUUAUAUAAUUAUUAUAAAUUGAUAUAUAUAUAAUUAUAAUAUUAUGCCUACAACGUGGUGAAUAAUAUAAUUAUAUUAUUACAAUUAAUAUUUAAUAAAUAUUUUAACUUAAUAGGAUUAUUACUGUCUGAAUGUUUCUUUAACAUUUUAUUAAGUGUGAUUAAAAAUUAAUUAUAUAUUUUGUAUUUAUAAAAACUGGGUUUUUUUCAACCCACAAAAUAUUUACACUGACACUUAAGCACUGAAGGCCAUCCAUAUAUUGAGAAAACGAAGAUAAACGUCACUACUACAUAUUGAUUACAUAUGUUAAAUCUUGAUUUUUAACGAAAUAAUUUAGAAAAUAGUAACAAAACACUUAUAAAUAAGACACUAAUAUUAAAUUCAAUAUUAACGAUAUUGAAGAUCAUAGGAGGAACUAGAUUUUUUUCAUUAGACUAGGGAAAUUUUCCCGAUAAAUUCGGACAUAUACUUAAAUGGCAGAAACGAGGGGUGGAAAAUAUAUUGUUACUUUUUUUUUUUCAAAUCAAUUUGUGUAUUUGUAUACAUUUUUACAUAUCAUUUUUUUUUUUUGUAUGAUUUUUUAUUUAAAAUUUAAAGUAAUAUUAUCUUAUUACUAUUUAUAUAAAUGUUUAAAUCUCAAUACCUUCAAUUAAAUUAUUUCUCUUUGUAUAAAGUCGAAAGUCGAUCUCUUUAAUUCAACAUAAUUUCGUAUGCGCUGUUUUAUUUUAUAGUAUUCUGUUCUAUCUUAAAUAUUAUGUAAUUUAAAUACUAUUAAAAUUCUAACAACAAAA